CCCUUCGCCUUCUGGUUGGCAGAAUUGCUCUCCAUUCCUCUCCGCAAGUGUUGCACUCGGUUUUCUCUCGUCAUCUGCUAAUGCAUCCCCACACCUCCAGCGAAACCCUUCCUACUCUUGUUCUGAGACUCCUGCAAAUUAUCACAACUGUAGUGCUGAGUCUGAGACUCUUGCAUUUGUAUUACUCGCAUCGAUAUUAUAUCAUUGCCCAUCCUAUUUCUAUUAAGAAAGCAAGUAAGGUUAGUUUAGUUAUAGCUGGUUCUUUCACUUUCCGACCCUUUAUCUCCAAAAGCUUUAAUAUGACAGAGCUGUGGUAGAAAAGACUCUCGAUUGAUUUGCGCACAAAGAAACUGCGCGUGGCUCUGGGGUCUUUGUAGAGUUGUAGUUCUUCCUUAGACAGCACAAACGAAGUAAAAUGAUGCUGGCCCAGAGAUUUCUCUCCUGGUCUUGCGCCCCUUUCUGUGGGGUUUUGGCCAUCGCCGAUCCCCACAUGCAGCAGGUCCUAGCUGUGGACGCUGCUGGCGAGAUAGUCGAAGCUUCACAGCAAGCUGCGCCUGAUCAUGUCACGCACUGGCGCCGACCAAUGUAUGCGCGUCCUUUCUUGGAUCCAGCGGCGCAGAGCAGUCCAACGCCAAACUCGACCUCGACAUUUGUGCAGACGCAGAAGGAGACGGAACAUCCGAGUAAGUUACUUACUUGUUGAUAUAUGUUUGGCGUAAGUCAAUUGAGUAAAUCAAUGAAAAUAUGUUUCCGCUGUCUACUUCUAGUUCUACACGUAUAAAAUCAAACUAUUUUCAUUGCUCGACUUCUCCUUCUUGGGGUAUAAUAAAUAUAUGUUCCAAAAUACGUGCAAUACUAGUAAUACGUGGCACCAAGUUCGAUGCUUUCUAUGUGAUGUUCUAUGGAUGAAACGCGUCCCCAUUCAUCAGGUAGCCGCGCUUUGCCCGAUUUUGCCCCGACGAAUUCGUUUGCUCCGGCUGUACGCAUUUUGGGGGAUGUUGUUUCACGCGUGACUGGUUCCGUCGUCGACCUACUAUCCAAUCCCUUCUCCUCCAAAGAACCUGAAGUACAAAGCAAAGCGAAAGCCCCUGGCGGUGGUAUUUAGAAAUGAAUGGGAAAUGACGGGACCCUUCUUGAAGUAGGCACAUCAAGUUGAAUCCCAGUUCACCCUGGAUACCUAUACAUUUGCCUGAUUUUUCUUGACCACUUGUCAAAGGUAUUUCUUCUCUAAUAUAUUUUUUUCCAACUACACGAUAUUCUACUCAUAAAGAACGCGUCCCCACUCAUCAGGUGAGGCACAAUAUGUUGGCCCGACGAUGCCUGUACUAUACACUUCGCAGCCAGAAAGACGAGAAGUAGAAGUACUUGCUGCAAGCAUUUUUCUAAGCAGCGGCACUUACAAAUCUGGGCGACCAAGCCAAGCCUCUGGUAUUUAGAAAUGAAUGGUAAAUGGUGGGACCCUUCUUGAAGUAGGCACAUCAAAUUGAAUCCCAUUCCACCCGGGAUACCUGUACACUUUUCAUCUGCCUGACUGUUCUCGACUACUUGUCAAAGGCAUUUCUUGUAUAUAUUUUCUUCCAACUACAUGAUAUUCUACUCAUAAAGAAAAUGCUGCAAAAAUGCGAUGCCGGAUUUUCAGCGGAUUUUUUCUCUUAACUUUUUUGGGCCUCUUAAAUCACGGAAAAGAGCGCUGGCCUAAUGCUAGCAAGCUUUUCUUUUUUUCGGUGAGAUAGUGUGACGACAGAGAAAGCCGCUUAAAGCUAAUAUUUAUUUUGUUUCUCAGUGAGCUAAUCUGAAGUGAGAAAAACCCGUGAAGGCUAGCAAAUUAUACUUCUUUUCAAUGAGCUAAUCUGAUGAGAGAAAAAACCAUCAAGGCCGAAAAAAAUACCGCAUAAGGAUACUAAUCCGCGCGUCGUAGAGGUUGUGCUUCACGUUGCUCGCCCGGAUUUUCGCAGGCCUUUUACUCUUCGGGCUAUCCGCAGGCGCAGACCCUCGAUCGUGCUCUAGAUCUAGUUGCGGGCCACCUUCUUCGUUCUCAUCUGCAGUGCCGCUAGCACUACUCACAGGCGCCACCGCCUUCCGCUGCGCCGGGACAUCUUCAGCGCCCUCGGCUCGCCUUCUUCCUCUGCCUCGCUGUCUGAUUCUCCGUCAAGCUCAAGCUGCUGCUUCAUGGUUUUCAAUUGUCUCCCAGCAAGGCGAGCGCCAGAUGGUGCCGCGCCAAGUUCACCAAGCUGGCCACAUGUCAACCCAGAAAGUUCAUCGCCCAGCCCGCGCGAAGGAUCUGCCUGAAGCUUCCCAGAAAAAAACGCGCGUCGCAAAAGCGGACCGGCAAACUCUGCCGGCGUCGUUCUGUGCAGUCGAUCUGCGGACAAAAACGCCACUUGUGCAGUCUAGUCGUAAAGCCAUGCCGCCGCAUUCGUCUGCAAACGGCUCCGCCUGGGUUCCGGGGUAGAUCCCGUGGCCAUUGAUAUGCGCCAAGAGGGGCCAGGAGGUGUCUAAGCUUUGCGUCUGAUUCAGGGCCGGCAUCGUCGCAAGGAAAGGGAGCGCCCGGGCCCACAUCUUCGCCAAAGGCGUCGCCCUCGCCGGAUGGCGGAUGGCCGCACCCAAUGCGCUCGGUUUUUUAUUCUUAGACUUUUUAGAUUCAGGGCCCCACGCUCACCACAGUCUGUCAUGCGCCACAGUCUCAGCCAUGGCCUAGCUGUAGCUGUACAUGUCCUAGCGCUUCCACUUAUUCUGAAGAUAGCCCAGCGCCAGCCUCUGAGGCUUUGGCUGAGUGUGAGAAUUGAUUCGAAUUGUUGUAAGUGAUUUCCAUGGGUAAGGAAUAGGAGAAGAGAAAGAGGAAGAGACGCCGUAGAGGGAGAUCGAUCGCCUUUCUCAAAAUCUAAAAAGUCUAGCUAGUAUACUGAAAGUAAAAGCAAAACCGAAUCCCAUCCCAAUAGAGAUAGGGACUUGGUGCAAUUGCUCCCUCCAGGAAGCGCAGACAGCCGCGCCCAAUUCGCUUCAGCGUGGCUUUGUUUUUCUUCUACAGUGCUUUCUCCUUCUUAGGUUGAGCAUCGGCGGCUGAAGUUUUACCAUCACCUUCGGCUUCUGCUUCAGGUACCGCCGUGGACGUCGCCGCGGAAGAAGCAGCGCCCGCGUCAGCAGUUGUUUUUGACAAAGCAAGCGCUUCGCUGAUUUCCUCCAUGUCUUGCCCCGUCGCGGUUUUUUCUCUGUUGCGUCCUUCGGACCUUGCCCGCGGCCAUGUCUUCCAGCGCGCCGACCUUUUUCCAUGUUACAAACAGAGAGGCCCUCCUCUGUUUUGGGAGGUGAACAAGCUGACGAAGUAGCGAGCUUGAGCGCUUGCCUCUCGGAUCUUCUGCUAAGCGUCUCGCAGUAGUCAACGACCCUCCGCGGCCAUGUUUCUGGUGAGCCUCGUCGCACUCAGAGGCCUGCGCUCGCACUGGCUAGCCAAGUAGGAAAGGAAAACGAUGGAGCCCGAGCCGACUGGCCUAGCAUAAAGAGACGACUGAACCAGCCACAGCCGUACAUGGGUAGCCCCGACGGUCCUUCACUGGUGUCUUUGUUCUCUCAUCAAUGAACCCAGGCAGCACUUUGCCCCAUGCGUUCACCCUCUACCGCUUUUCCCGCCAGUUUCCCCGGCCUUGUGUCUGUUUACCUUUGCCUGGCUGGAGGCCGCGAAAAAAGCGCGAAAUGGGGUAGAGUAAGGGCUCAGCGCUGACCUUUUUGGAGGAAUUCCUCAGCCAUGGCACUAUCGGAGACCAUUAAUAGAAGGACGAAAACCCCCAUUAGACUGCGGCGCGUGGAGACUGCUUUUGAGAUCGCAGAUAGCUUUCUGGAUGGCCUCACGUGAGGGCCUGGGAUAACGCGUGAGGGCACCGCCACGCCAGAAAACACGGCGACGGACUUGGCUGCACCACUACACGGCCACCACUUCACCACACUCGCCACACUUACGCACCCUACCCCGCUGCCUCGAUGCAGCGCCCCCCUGCCUUAUCAGGCAUGGCGCCAAAGGGGUGUGGUGGAUAGUGAAACUGGUACGCUAUGGCACUGUGGAGUAAACCGCUAUAGGCUGCGUGAAUGAGCACGACCAGCGAAGGAGGCGAGGGAGCCUUGCUGCACACUACGCACAAGACUGAGGCGACCGAUCGCCAGGGAAAACACAUGGUCAGCGGCUCUCCCCUGAUCAGCCACGCACUGACGGAAAAACGAAAACAAGCCCUAGGCCCGCAGACUCAAACUUGAGUGAGGUUCUGGCCGUGGUUUUUUCUGUCCAUGAGUGACGAGACAAGAGCGCUACAAUUCUUGGACGCUGCUCCAGGCAGCGGACGGGAUGGGAAAAGACUGGCCGGAGAGUACUACACUCGGAGACAGCCUGCACAUAGCCGGCGCGGGGGCUCGUCGCUGCAAGUCUUGCAGCGGCACAAACUCAGCCGGAGAGACUUUCUCAAAGAUGGCCCAUGAAAACUCAAGGAAGCGUGUGACAGGAUCAAAGUUUUUUUGUCUGAGCCUGAGGAGUCUCGGGAAAACCCCGACUGGCCUCGCUGUAAAAGGCUUAGACUGAUGCCAGGAUCCCCACGCUGUCACCAUUAUAGUUUACGCGCCCAUAAAUAUAAAAGCCGUCGCUUGGGGUGCUCGAUAAACCAACCGAGAAACCUGAAACACAGAGGCGGGGGCCGCACAGUGCUAAGCAGAUGGGCGGGCUUGUCUCUGAUCAACACGAAAAGAAAGAACGCGACCCCGCAGGCAGCGCUCUCUCUUACAACUAACGCAACCCCCCGGCAAGCUUUCGCACACUAUCACACACUGCCAGAGAGCAUAAGACAAGAGCCAUACCCUCACGCAACGCCUCUACUUACUUCGUUUCCUAGCAAAAGCGCAGCGGGAUGGUACUCGCGCCUGACGAAUGCCCAGCCAUCUUGUGGCUUGGUCAAUGAAUGCAAAGGCACGACGGUGAAGGACCUGACGGGCAAGCGCCUUGCUAUUGUCUGCGCAUUCGCCUACAGCCUCGACAUGGCACUCAGCAACAGCCUGCCUGCCGCCCAGAGAGGAGCUAGCGGCGGCCGGGGCUGUCCUCGGCACUAUGCUCGUUGGGGCUGAAGAACUCGAUCUGCAUGAGGAUGGCCUCAAGUGGGUCAGGGCCUACCUGGCUUCUAUCUCCAUUGUGUACGUAGAGGCACAAAAAGGAGAACAUCGCCGACGCGCUUGCCUUUUCCAAGGUGAAGACCAGGCAGAUCUUUGAGGCCCUCCAGCUCAUUCUGCGCCCGAACUACAGCGACGGCAUGAAGAGGGAGGCCCAUACACAUCGAAGCCCCGGGCCAAACUGUUGAGCACUGUGGCGCCCAGACUUCUGAGUGCUUGAAAGGUGCGGGAUUCAAGUCUGGCUACGUGCUCAACCGCGGACACCUCGCAGGCCGCCAACUGGUACUGCCUUCCACUGUUGUAGCAAAGCUAGCAGAGACCCAAUCUCUCACACCACGCCGCUUCCACCUAACGAAAAUACCCGGCACACGGCUGGACUCCAAUCGCCUAAAACUCACAGGGGGGAGCUCCCUGAAAACUUCGAGCAAGCCGAUAAAGAACCGACCCCACCUCCACCACCGUAAGGUGGACCGAACGCCGUAGAGCUGUCCAAAUGAGUCCCACCGCAUACUUCCCCCUAUUAUAAGGGUGAUUUCUGUCGCUCUCCUUGAUGCGUGACGCGUCACGCGUCACGCGUCACGCGUCACGCGUCACGCGUCACGCGUCGCCCCGAAGCCGCCCACGGAUCUAUGAAGGAUCCGCGGAGCGAUCGAAGGUCCACGGUUCUUUCAGCGGAUCACUCAAGGAUCCACAGAUCUUUCAAGGAUCCACGGAUCUUUCAAGGAUCCGCAGAUCUUUCAAGGAUCCACGGAUCUUUCAAGGAUCCACAGAUCUUUCAAGGAUCCACGGAUCAAGGAUCCACGGAUCAAGGAUCCACGGAUCAAGGAUCCACGGAUCUCUCAAGGAUCCACGGAUCUUUCAAGGAUCCACGGAUCAAGGAUCCACGGAUCUUGCAAGGAUCCACGGAUCUUUCAAGGAUCCACGGAUCAAGGAUCCACGGAUCUUUCAAGGAUCCACGGAUCUCUCAAGGAUCCCCGGAUCUUCCAAGGAUCCGCGGAGUGUAUCAAAGAUCCGCGACACGUGCGAGGCAGCAGCACGACGACAAGAAACAUAACACCAGCCCCAAUCGACCCCAAGGGAGAGCGCUUCGCUAGAGUUUAGCUAGAAGAUAAGCGAUAGAGAUUAGAUAGACUAGACCGAGAAAACAAUCCUCAACAUAAAUACGAGCGCGCUCACUUGCUUCCGUUUGCGGCUUUUUGCGGCUUCGCCGCCUUCUUCUUCUCCUCCUUCUGCCUCUCUCGGUAUCUUGCGAUUCGCGCUGCGUUUUUCUUGCGCUGCUCUUCUCUUCGGGCCGCUUCGUUCUUUCUUGGCGCUGCUACUUUUUCCACAGGCCUGGCCGCCCUCAGCUUUUCCCGUCGCUUCUGUUGCCGCUGCCUAGCGAGCUGCCGCCUCCGCUCUUCAGGUUCAGCAGCAGCCUCGCCCCUUGUCGUUGUCAGAAGUUCCCCAGCUCCCUCAUCCUUGGCGGCUGGUGCUUCGAUCAAGCUCGGGGCCGUCGCGUGCUGCUCUGCUUUGGCUGUCUUCAGCUGCGCGCCAGCACUCAAGAAAUGAGAAAACGGCCGAAGCGGUUUCAGCUUGCCACUCUUGGCGCGGCCUUUUUUCGUCGCGGCGCCUCCCUUUCUGGUCUCCCCCUUUCUCUGCUGCUCUCUCCACUUCCGGGAACGCUCGGCCGCCUUCGUGGAUGCGAUCCGUCGGACGCGGCCAGCCCUUGCGAAGGACCUCAGCUGCCGCGCUAUCUUGCGCUCAUGGAUUGCAGCCUUUCGGGUAUCACCCUGGUUCACAGGCAAGACAGAGCCGACGCCUUUCUUCUCCGCAGCCUGUCUACGGGUUUCUCGCUCACGCUCUUGGUAAGCUCGUUCGCGCCGCGCCGCUGCCACGCGGUCGGCCUCACGCUUUAAGCUUUCAGAGGGGAGCCACAUCUUGAAAACCAUCGGCGCCACCAUGUUCGAGACACUCGCCGCCACCGUCGCGAGCGCUUCCGGCUGCGGUUUUGCUGCUGUCGGCCACCGGCGCAGGAGAGCCGCGCCCAUCUUCAUGAAGAGGAAGACCCUCAACUUUGUCGAAAAUUAGAACUCACCGCCCAUGAAUCAACCCAGUGAGGCACCCCGCUAAAGUUCUGGCCGUAGUAACAGUAAGCCCCUGCCCUAAUUAAAGCAGCCAAAUAAUUACUCACGAGACAACACCAGCGGCAGCGCAGUACUUUAACAAGAUCCGAACCAGGUUGAUUCUUGUGGGGCCUUAAGCUAACAAAGGUCGCCCUUGUCGGUACACACUCGCGCCGAGGAUACGCAGCUCACGGUGUAGAGCCUCGUUGCCCGCUGUGCCAGUUCCGUGCUCUUUUGCCUCCAGUGGCGCCAUUUGUGCCAGGCGAAGACUGUGGUUGCGCAAAAAGGCGUAAUGGCUACACUGUGCCUGCAGAAGCUCCUCCAAGCUCCUCCCAUCCCGCGGAUCUCUGCCUUUGAGAGUCCCCUCAGCUUUUGCGACGACCGAGACAGCGCCCAGCAGCUUGCCGAAAUUGUGCGCAGUGACUUCGAGGCUUGAGUCCUUUAAGACUUCAGUUCACAGGCCUCAGCGCUACAAAGGGCGGCACCGUCUGCAUAUCCCGCGCGGCUUUGCUGUGCGUCUUCCGAACCGGUGCGCCGAAAGGUCUCACCCGCGAGAGGAUUCCGAGGACAACCGAAAAAACGCAUCGAAAUCUCGUGCACCUUUACAGAGACAGCCGACGGCUUCUCAUAGCUGGCCUUCUCCAGCCGGAUCCUCAAAUGAACUGGGUCCUCGGUGAUUGCUCGCAAGUUGGGAAAGGCUUCCUUGAGCGCUUCAUAACCAGAGAGCAAGGAUGGCGGAUGAUCGCAACAGAUCGAGAGAACUCGCCCACAGUGCUCGGCCGGGACAGACUCACGCAAGAAACUAAGGAAGCUCUCAAAGCUCUCACUCUUCGCGAGUUGAAUGCCGAAAGCCACACCAGUGCGGCCCUUCAGCGUCAGGCACUUGUUGCUGCUGGCUCCACUCUUUCCGGCAGGGAUGUCGCCCAGUAUCGACUGCGAGAGUUAGAACGAACCUACUCAAAUUCAUCAGGGGGGGGCGAAUCUAUGAGGAGGGGCCGCCUUCUAAAGUAGUCACCCCAUGCCCAAGAAAGACGCCCCCCGAGAUGAAUCACGGUAGACCUUAAGUGACGGCGACUGUGCCAUCAAUCGCGAGGUCUCUGUACUCGUCGAAUAUCUCGCCCAAGUUCAGCCGCAUAGCCGUCAGCAUUUCUGCGACCGUUUUUCCCUCGAAGAUGCGCUGCACAAUCUGCGACAACACCCGACGACGCGGAAAGAGACAAGCGAGACCGUUUUCUUCUGCUGGUCGCUUGCUCCUGAGCGCCUCGCUCGUGAGUCUGACAAGGAUGGCCGCAGGGCGGCCCUUCGUUUCGAGGGCGUGCGCCGUCACAUCCUUCAAGAACUGCUGCGUCACUGCGAGACGACUGGAAAGCCUCUCAGCUGCUAAGACCUCCGGAUGGUCUGCUAACAAGAGGCGCCCACCUGUUGGCCCAAUGAUGACACGAAAAUCCUCACGGCAGAAACCUAGCAAGAAGCCUUGGGGGUUCUCAUCUUGGUGGCUUUGAUUCCACAACCGCACACGCGCCGCCGCGUCUCGCAAGGGUGUCAGCGGUGCUGUCUCCACCUGCAACGUCUUGAGGCCGCUCGAACUGGCUUGCACAGCUUGCACGGUCACGCCGUUACUACCUGACGAAGAUAGAAAACAAAUACUGAAGCCAGAAAGCUGCCACGCGAAGAGCUGCACGCUGCUACGAUGAAACAAUGAGAAUCAAUAAGCACGACAAAAAAACCACCCCAAGCAAGCUAAGUAAUACCAGACACAGCACCCAAAUCCCACGGCGCUGGAACUUUCGUCUGUGACGCUUUUGCAGUGUCAUCAUACAAGGCGCGCGCUAUGGCCAUGAAUCCACGGAGGGGAUGCUCGAAGGACUUCUUUAUCGGGUCAAUUUUUGCCACUAGAUGCAUUCUCUUUACAUGACUGGCGAGCGAGUGCGCAUGCUUGAAGCUUUUGUAAGGACAGAGGGCACAAUGCCACACCUUCCCCGGAACGCACUUCCCCUGCCGCCGGAGUUUCGUCUUACGUUGUUGGUCCUCCCUGUAUGCUUGCCAGCAGAAGUCGUUAUAACGCUGCGUCUCUGCUGCGUGCGACUGUUUCACAGAACAACACAUCAGCCCCGUCGUUAGUCGCUACACGCGUGACAAACUGGCCAGCUUUCUCAGAGAUAUUCACACCAGAACGAAUGCCCACAAACUGCGCAGGACCCGCUGCGACAGUCACCGCAGCGCCCUCUGCUGGCUGCAGCGCGGUGGCCUCUUCGUUGGGCCCGUUUCCGUCUGCGUCCAGGUUUGCCUCGGCCUUCACUUCAUGCGCAGCAGGUUCACCUAUAAGCGCUGCAGCCUGCUUGACUAGUUGCUUCUUCGAGCCCCGCUUCCGCCGGAGGCUUUUGGUCGUUUCUUCUUUGGAAGACGCUCCAGCACUUUCUCCGCUUGCCAGGCCGAAAGCUUCUGACUUUGGGGGGCCACUUUUUGCCGCCUCCUGUUCCAAGCGGGGUGGCCCUGCGCGCUUGGUCGCGGAAGGGUUCGCCGCCUCUGCUUCGUCGGUGCUGUCUACCCUCUCACCGAAGACGAGGCUGAUCUCGUUCCCGAUCUUGCGAAGAGCAUCCACAAAGGAGCGAACUGCCGCCACUGAGUUGUCAUUGCAGAAAUACCAGACACCAUCGCGCCGCACUACUGCAACGUAAUGCCCGCUCUCGACGUAGCGGCCGACAUGACGCACGAGACCCGUCACCCUGAACGUCGCACCCCCUAAAGUGAAGAACUCACUUGGCACAUUGAUGGGCGUGACCAUUUUCAUCCCGUUCAGCGCCUGCCGCGGACGAAUCUCGAUAACGCACGCCUUUGUGCUUAGACCAUCACCAGGAAGCGAGUGCCUAUUCUUGAACUGUACGUGUCGACUGAACUGGCCGCAAGGCUGCGAACCUGGUGCGCCACUGUCUUCAGAACAUGUCACAUCUGGCGCCGUGUUGCCUUGUUUGUCCACGAGCUUCUGGAGGGACAAGCCCCGCAGAGGAAGGCCCUCAGUCCCAGCCGUGACCAUCGGAUGAGGAUCCGAACAGGUUCGACACACUCCACCACAACGCCGGCACGGGUUUACUCGUUCCGUUUCUGUCAUCACCAUGGUCACGGUGCCACCAAAUUCGUCCAAAAGACGCCCGCAAAGCUCUCCCGAUGAAUGCUCGAACCUUUUCCCAAAAUCAGCCUCAUACCGUGGCCCCCAAGGGGCGUCACUGCUGAAAGAUUAGAGCCAAGCCGAUAGCAGAGGCGAGGCGAGAAGCAGACCCGUCAGAGAAAGGAGGAAACAUAGAAAGGGGGCGGCGCCUAAGGUGUUGGCGCCAGUUCUAAGACCGAGCGCAGUCCAAGGGCUGAAUCUCAUAGCUCAACUCUAUGAAGCCCGUCAGCGUAGUAAGUUCAAUCACCCAGCCACGACGCUCCUCGUGUUCAAUCACAUCAAUACCGAAGCCAUGGCUAUGGCGCUAAUUCUACUAAAGUCAUAGACUAGGUCUCAAAUUGUCGACACUGAAAAACGAGGGGAGCGCCAGGCAGUAACUAACAAGCCGGCGCGCGCUCACGUCUUUCGUCUUCCCUUGAAAUAACAACGACGACACCGGAGCCAUAACUAUCCGCGGGAAAGAGCUGCAAAGGCUCCAAACCGAGGCCGCUCUGCCUCAUUGUCCUCAACACAUCCGCCAGCCAAGAGCGCGGGCAGCUCCUCAACGUUUCCGCAGCAAUUAGAAAAGCCCACCCCUGAAAAAAAGACACAGACCACAGCGACGAGCCCCCAAAAGGCUAACCCCCAAGCAAGAUGGAAACUACUGUAAAGAUUUCAGAGCUAGACUAUCCUUACCCAUAAAGCAAGAGGCUGACACGUCUGCCAGCACUGAAGGACAGCGUGCGCGAAGCAUCUGGUCUGCGCAGUAAAUGUCUUGCGCUUGUCGCCGUUCCUACUCUCACCACCGAAGACAUAGACUGGAUUCACGAGGCCACGCGGAACCACUACCGCCGCGGGGCUUAAGCCUUGCGCCAUUGUCUCCUUUUAGCUUUUCUUCUUUUCUGUUUUGAAAGAGCGACGUGGCGAUCUCGAGGCAAAUUUCGACCCCCUGACGUCUCGCCAAGCCACUAGCUUCGCGAGGCGAAUCUGGUUGCUUCUCGCAAAGCCCCUAGGGUAGGUAGUAAGCAAGAGGCAAACUCGUCAGAGCCGGCUGCCGCAAGUCCACUAGUAGCCAAGAGGCAAACUCAUCGGGGCCAGCUGUCGCAACGCCACUAGUAAGGAAGAGGCAAACCCGUCGGAGCCGGCUGUCGCAAAGCCACUAGUAAGGAAGAGGCAAACCCGUCGAGCAAGCCAGCUGUCGCGAAACCGCUAAUAGCUCAGAGCCGUUGCUUCGCAACACCUCAAAGACGCCGCUUCGCAAAACCGUCCAAAGCCGUUGCUUCGCAACACCUCAAAGACGCCGCUUCGCAAACCCGUCCGAAGCUGUUUCCUCGCAACACCUCAAAGCCGCUGCUUCGCAAAGCCGUCCGAGCGUUGCUUCGCAAAAUCUCAAAUGCGCCGCUUCGCAAAACCGUCCGAAGCCGUUGCUUCGCAACACCUCAAAGCUGCCGCUUCGCAAAACCGUUCGAAGCCGUUGCUUCGCAACACCUCAAAGCUGCCGCUUCGCAAAAUCGUCCGAAGCCGAUGCUUCGCAACACCUUCAAGCUAAGACUUAAGCGCGUUGCCGUUGGAAUGAAUUGCACUUAUCUGUUAGUGGUUCUGCGGUUCUCCCUCGGGUGCUGCUUGGGGUGCUGAAUUAUCUCCCGCCGUGCUAUCCCGUGGCCAGCUGCAAGACAAGACGUCACCCCAAGACGUAGCAGGGAGAAUUGCAGCCGGCCUUAACGCUUGUCGCGCAACCGCCUGGAGCUGUUUGCUGUUUCGCAAAACCUUUGAGAAGCCGCUUUUUCGCAAAGCCACACAAAGCCGCUGCUUCUUCGCAAAGCUGUCCGAAGCCGAUGCUUCGCAAAAUCGAUCGAAGCCGUUGCUUCGCGAAACGACCGCUCGAAGCCGAUGCUUCGCAAAACCGUCCGAAGCCGUUGCUUCGCAAAACCACAAAGCCGCUGCUUGUUUCGCAAAACCACUAGGCCAGCUUCUCUCGUUUGACUUCGAAUGGGUUUCCUGUUAGUGCUACUGCGAUUCUCCCUUGUGUGCUGCUUGGGGUGGAUCUUCCGUCGUGCUCUCCCGUGGCCGGCUGCAAAGAUGUCACCCCAAGACUCGAUAGGGAGAAUCGCAACCGACCGAAACGCUGCUACGGCCGUGGUCUGGGUGUCGUGUACUACGGUCGAACGCAGGAGGAAGAAGUAGCUGCUGCAGGUCCACUUCUCUACUAGAAGCAAGAUAGAAGCCACGUAAACACGCGCGGAAAAGGAGAAAGCUGCAUAUCGGAAAAGUAGAAUUUGACGUAGAAGCACUGCUUGCUCACCGGGCCGCGCUGUCUUCGUUAGCUAGCCGCUCUACUAGAACUUCGCCGAGAGAAAAAAAAAGGGCUUUACGCUUUUACUCCAACGGUAGUCCUCGUCAGUCCGCGUAGCGCACCCACGCAAGAAGACUGAGCGCUGCUUCUGGGCACCCACGUCACCAAGAGGAAGGAAGAAGAAGAUAGAUAACGCAAGCAAGCGCUUGCCGUCGGUUGGCCAGCGCGCUCCUUCUGCUUAUCUUGCUUUUCAUGUAUCUACCGGAUGCCGCUGAUGUUAUCUAUCUUGAUGCUGUUGGUUUUUUCUUUUUCAAAAGCACGAGCCUAGUGUAGUUGUAUCGUGCUACUCAACUGCGGCAGUUGUUCGUCGUUGCCAUCGUUUUACUGUGCCGGAUGAUCGAAGUCAGAUUCGACUCCCGGCUGGUGCACCAAUGUAACCGAAGCUGACUGCUCUCCCCACGCAACAAUUGACAUCCAUGUAUUUGGGAUUGCGUGAACACUUGAGUACUUUGCUCAAGUUGAAGCCAAGUUUCAGGAAAUUUACUCACUUUGUUGCUUACGUUGUGCUUACUUGCAUAUACGUGAUAACGUAGCUAGUUACAAUCUAUCUCAAAACAAAACUGGAAUACAUCGUCGAAGGGUGAUUAUAGGUUGAGAAUCGUCCAAGAGUCUCAGUCUUGUUUUGUCGUGCUUCUUUGUUGUACUUACGUGCGCGCCGUUCUUCCGUUCUGAAGUGAACUUGCUUACUCUCGCUGACAAACGUCUAAACUCAUGCGAAGUUCUGACAUACAUGACCGAACUCAGACUUCGCACAUGGACCUUCACAGCGUGAGCGUGCCAGUUCUCUUGACAACUCUUGACUGUCAGUUCUGGUUACAGCUAAGAGGCACGCGUGGACUUUUACGCUCAGGCUGGUGCGCAAGAUGCUCCCCUUCGUUCUGCUUCUCUUAUUCUUGAUCUUUUGAACUAAUUAAAUGCAGACGCCUGCUGUCUAUUUUUUGAAAAAGAUGCGACGUAGAUUAUCAAGGGCCCGCAGAUCUAUCAAGGACUCGCGGAUCUAUCAAGGAUCCACGUCUCAAUCAAAGAAAGAUCCGUGGAGCGAUCGAAGAUCCACGGAUCUAUCAAGGAUCCACAGAUCUACAUCUAUCAAGGGCUCGCGGAUCUAUCAAGGGCCCACGGAUCUACCAAAGCAAGAUCCGUGGAGCGAUCGAAGAUCCGCGGAUCUAUCAAGGAAAGACCAGCGGAGCGAUCGAAGAUCCGCGGAUCUAUCAAGGAUCCACAGCUCUACCAAGGAUCCACGGAUCCAUCAAGGAUCCACGGAUCUAUCAAGGAUCCGCGGAUCUAUCAAGGACCCACGGAUCUAUCAAGGAUCCGCGGAUCUGUCAAAGAAAGAUCCGCGGAGAGGUCGCAGAUGAGAUCCGCGGAUCUAUCAAGGAUCCACCGAUCUACCAAGGAUCCACGGAUCUAUCAAGGAUCCCCGGAUCUAUCAAAGAAAGAUCCGCGGAGCCAUGGAAGAUCCACGGAUCCAUCAAGGAUCCGAUCCACAAAUCUAUCAAGGACUCGCGGAUCUAUCAAGGAUCCGCGGAUCUAUCAAAGCAAGAACCGUGGAGCGGUCGAAGAUCCACGGAUCUAUCAAGGAUCCACAGAUAUAGACUCGCCAAAAUCAGGCCCCUCCUGCCCAUUGUUGCGUGCUGCGUGACGCUUGAAAUUGAGGGCAGGCAUUUCAUCCCCCCCCGAAGCUCUGGGCGUGACGCGGUGGGCGUCACGCGUCACGAAAAAGCUCUACGGCGUUCAGUAAGUCCCACCCUCCACCACCGGCACCAGCACAGCCCAACGUGGCCGCACUUGUUCAGGCACCUAUACUCUCCACAUGAAGACGCAGCAUAGGCUAGCCGGGCUCCCAUAUGAGGCCACCGCCUCUGGUCGAAGCUGGUCGCGCUAUUCAUUGGGGGCAUCGAGUAGGAAUAUGAGGCAAAGCGAGCGCAGAGCUUCUUUCCAGGAAGAGAAGAACACAGACAAAGGGGCUGGCCAUGGUCCAGCCAGAUGAGCAAGGCAUCUGCCCAGAUGCUUACGGCCAAGUCUGGUCUUCGCUCCUUAGAGUUGGAAGGGUCCUCGGAUAGUCCGGGACCCAGGGACCCGGAUGAAAUCGGACACACCACCGCCAACAACCUCCAGCCGCUUCGCAACCCGCAUGGGGAGCCAGCGGAUCUGGGCUCUGAAAUUAGCCGGUGCUCUCACUACGCUACCUACCCCGCGUGGGCUGUUUUCGCCUGCCAGCGGGGGCGCCUUGCUAUUGUUAUAGGUGAACCCCAAGCGCGGGCGGACAAUCUGAGCGAGGACGAGGCAGCACUACACUGCCAGCGGCCCCCGGCCGUGGCUAGUGAACCAGCGCGCCUCUAGCCCAGUGGGCUUGAAUGACUAAACUGGUGCUGCGUCUUCCUCUCCCAUUCUGGGAGGGGAAGUGAGAAACAAAAAAGAAAAAACGGCGGGCAUGUAGAAAAGGUCUCUUACCUCCGCAGGCCACUAAAAAGUCAUCAAAUGAACUCACUCGCGCCAAAUCACCUCCACAGGGGCGGAAAGGAUGGCCUUGGGCUCUCCUUGGCGGCAGUGGACGGCGCCGCCACUGCUUUCGCCUUUGCUUGGCUGGUGACUGCUUGGCCGCUAGCCUCCUACCGGAGCGCCAGCACUUUGCUGACACCGCAGACCCAAGGGCGCGCCUUGUCGGCAAUUGCGUGCCCAGGCUGCCAAGUCGGCUUAAAAGCGUCUCGCCGUGUUGUGCCGUCGGUGCACUUGUCGGAGUGCACUCACACUCUUGCACUGGAUUGCUACCAAAUCCGGAACGCCGCGCAUUUCAGCAAAAGGCCCGCGCUGCUUGGCUGAUUUUGCAGGGAAUCGGACCCGGGCGCGUCUCUCUAACGAAGUGCCUCUUUUCGAAGGAGUUCGAAACAAUGCCGAGGAGGACGCUCUAUCUGUCGAAGCGCAGCGCAUGAAAUGGAUCCCCGAAAGUUGCCGAAGGCUUCCGAAGAUUCAGCUCGCAGACUUCGCGACGGUUGACACAAACAGCGAGCGCAGCCACAGGGGUGGCCGCUUGUUCUUCUUCUUCUUUUGCUUUCAUCGUGGUCCGCCGCUCGGUCCGUGUGUCUUGCUGCUCACUUCUUUCACCUAUUGGGCCACUAGCUUGGCCCCGCCUUCUGUCGGUCUCUGCUUGGCAAGCGGGCGGGCUGCACUUGUGUGAGCGCCGGCCUGACAAGCAGCGCACGCCUAUCAGCCAGCUGACAAAAGUACUCGCUUCGGCUGGCAGGUUCGCUCUGCUGCUGCUUAGAAGCUUCAAGCAAGGGAGGCGCGUAGGUAGCUCAGUUUGGGUGAAGCUGCUUGCCUUUGCAUGCAGCCAGCCCUCUCGCAGGGUAACUCCUGACAGGUCGAGCCUUUUGCUUUUUUUGUCUCGAGGCCGUUGGCUUCGCUGUGUCUUCACGGGUCCGGGUGUUGUAUGGGUCUGCGCGUCGGUGUGUCCAGCUGUCUGGCAUAUUCUUGGAGCAAGUCACGUCUGCAACUGCGCACUACAUCUAAGAAGCAAGGCAGGGGCGUGGCUUGUGAAUUAGUAUGGCUCUGUCUACGCGUGUGCGCUGCACUCUGCGAGCGUCGGCUGACUUUGCGGCGUCUGGGUGAGUCUAUGUAUCCGCGUGCUGCAUCUGCGUAGGUGUCAGCUUCUUCAGAAGUAAGGCCGUGGGUAUGUAUGUGCCACGGCGUGGGAGAGUGCUGCCCAGUAGAUAGCGGCUGACAGGCCGGCAGCAUCUGUCGCGCCGUAGCUUGCUAGAUUGAUGGGCGGCCUGGCUGUCUGCGAGAGCACCUACGCACGCCCUCGCAUGCCCAUGGAUAUGCGCAGACCUACGCACGCCGCGGCACCCACUUCUCAGAGCUGGCACAGGUCUGAGAGAUGAGAUCGCUUGCGUGUCUCGAUUUCUCAGAGGGAGCGCGCGUAAGUAAGGGCGUAGCAGACUACCUACGCCGGAGGCAAUAUCCAUCGCCAACAAGUUAGAGUGCUUAGUUAGAGUUAGACAAACGCCCGCCGCCUUUGCGUUAGUUUCUGAAAGUUUUUCCACUUUCCGCCAGUUUCUGAAUAUUGCUGAUUAUUUCUGUUGCCAUUUCCUGCGGGUCAGGCGCUCCGUUUAUUUCUGUUUAUUUCCGUUUCCGCCGCGACAAGCCUCCGAAAGUUGCCGAAGAUAAACCGCCAGAAAAUAGCGAGACAUGAAAAUAAAAGGGAAACCUUCGGCAACUUUCGGCGGGAACGAAAAAAAAACGGAAAUAAACGGAGCUCCAAAACCGCAGAAAACGGAAACGGAAAGAAACGGCAAUAACCGGCAAAAGGCGGCGGCUCGAUAUUCUUUCCUUUUUCUUGUCUCGUUUUUGAUAACUUUGCGCAAGUUUUUCAGGAUCGAGGGCGCAAGCCGAUUAUAACGCUACUCGACAGGGACUCUGGGAAAAUCUUGAGCCUUGUGAGACUCUGACGCAGUACCGCUCGACAAAUGGGCGCCACGCACUGACUGGCGAGCGGGUCGGCCUAUAUGGAUACGGGCCAAGGCGUGGGCCCGUAUUGGUGGGCUCAAAUGCAUGCCAUGCCAUGGCGCCGAUUGAUUGCUACGCACAUGGAUAGAUCUAGAAGCCAGCGCCGCAGGGGCGCCGCGUGCAGUCUGUAACAAUAUGCAAGACAGGCGCGCGCGCCCAUCGGCGCACACCCAUGCCAUGGCUACAGGCUUCCAUCGUGUGUCAAUCUACGGCAGCAGGAGCGACGCACAGAAGCAGAGAAAGGAGCGCGCCGCCCGUGAGAUAGCCAAGCGCCACGCACGUAGAUAGUUAGACGCGCGCGCGCUAUCUAUGCACCUCAUGCCUAUGAUAGGCGUGCAAACAUCUGCGGCGGGUCGGGUGAGAUGAGGCGCGUCCAUGCAUAGAUAGGCGUGGCCACCAAGAUAGGAGAAGGGAGGCGGGAACGGUCCACGCGCGCAGCGAUUCAGGGGCGCGCCGCUCGACAGGUUGACGCGCGUUCAGUGGAUUGGAGUCACUGGCAGCGCCUGGCGGCGCGUCGGCUGGGUUUGUUGGUUGUUCGUUCUUCUUGGCAGGCUGGCUCGGGUCGGUGUAUCUGGCAGACAGAUGGGCCCACCCUCUGCCAGUCUGCCUGACACGCAGAAGGAACCCCGGCACGCAGCCCGCCUUGGACAGGCAGAGGCCUGGGGCUACGCUACCCGUCGGCGGGUCGCGCGCGUGAUGGAUGGCGUGUCCGCACUAACUAGGUGCGUGCGCUAAGCUAGGCGGAGUCAGUAGGAAACCCCUCAAGGAAUUCACAGCCCCCCUGCAUCCGCCAGCGGGUCACGUAUGAGGACAAGCACGCCCCGCCGGCGUCGUUUUUUAUCGAGUGAGAGUGAGAAAACGCGCGAGCUGAACUCUCGGAAACUUCCGGGAACUUUCGGCGGGGACUUUCACGGGCCUCCAUUUUUGCACCCUGAAGAGAUUCGACAUGCAUCAGAAGGACCUGGAAACGCUACCCCCGCCGGACUUCGAGGAGGGUCCGACGUAUGACGGGAACGCCACGCCCUCCACCUUUCUGCUCAGAGCACUGGCCGGCCAGUGGUUGACCGUGGCGGCGCGUCCUGGUCUUGCAGCAGCCGCCAACAAGCUAGCCCGAGCAACUGCCAACAAGGUCAGCAAGGCGAUGGAAGCCGCUGGGCGCAAAGUACCACGCUGCUUGGCUGGUACCAAGGGCGCUGGCGCUGAGUACUCGCCUGAAGCUGGGAAAAAUUUCUACCACAAACUCGCUGGGCUGCAAGGUUAUCCAGACAACAACAAGGGCGGCGAGAAGUUUCCCAGUCACCCCGCUGCCGCGUAUGGAGGCGCAUCGCGUGCCUCAAACAACCUACCGCGCGUCGAAGAGUGUCACCGGAGUCAGUGGCAGUCCAUCUCUUUGGGUGUCCAGUUGCCUGGAAACCGACGCCCCAGGGCGUAACGGCACGCAACACGAUGGAGGCAAAGCGGGCCGCAUCCAGCGAGGCCACUGAAAUGGCAGGCGGGCCUCGUCUUCUGCUGCAGUUCCUCUGAGGUAGAACCGAACUAGAGCAAGCAAGAGAUCAAGAGCCUGACGCCGGUGCCGUCUUAUGUGGCAAUCGCUUGCAGCGCGGCCCUGUCUUGUCAGGAGGACGCAAACCGCGACAAGAACUGAGCAGGCCAAUUAGGCACGCCGCGACUAAGGCGCGGGGCGGGAAGUCCAUGAACACGGUAGCCGCGUCGUGUUUGUUCCUACGCAAGAGCAGCCGCAAGGGCAGCGCGCUGAUGCACUGGCGAAAGCGUCGAAUGCUGAGGCGCUUCGGCUUAUUUUCUCACCGGGAAUCAAGGGCAGCGAGGCGCUUGAAGUGCAUGAGGGGGCUGACUAUGUGGCUCGUUUCCUCGAGGUCUUAUGACUUGUUGACUUGUACCAAAGAGCCAAAGUUCUUGGACCUAAGGCACAAGCGCCGAAGCCUGUGGACAUGGAAGCUGACGAGUAGGAGCUGCCUGGCGUAGUAGUGGGUCGCUGUGUCUGUACUUUGGACUACGAGACGACUCCGAUGAUAGAUUACGAGAGUCGAACCUUUGACGAAGUUCGCCCGAGCAUAAAAGUCCAACACGUAAACCACUUGGCCACUUUCUUUCAACGUUACAAACACAGAACGAAGCUAGCCAUACCACGCACAGCAGCCGAGUGAGUAGAUUUUGGCCAUUUUCUUCGACCAUCUACCCACAUUCUUGAGCACCUAAACGACAGGCAUAGGCUUGGCGUUCUUGCUUGUUUCACACCCUAGCACAUAUAGGCGCAAAGCAAGGCGCAUUUUGGUAGUUUUGGUUGGUUUAGUUUGUCUGGUUUUUCUUGCUUUUGGUGCACGGUGUUGCAUCGAGGGGGGGAAUGUCAGGCCGACGGGGUCAGGGCGUUCCCGUGGUCUUGUGCUCCCUUGUUCUUUCUUCUUGGAUGGUGUCACUUCAGGCUGCGAGAGCCUAGGAGCUUGAUCGGGUGGCCAUGAUCUGAAGCAGCCAGAGCGAUCCUUCUGCGUCAAUGGUAGCCAACUGGUCUGGUUCAAUUGUAUGGGUGGCGCAUCGCUUCAGCUCGAAAGAUCAACCAACGCCUGAAGCCUUGAAGAUGAAAGAUCUGCAUAGCCAUGAAGCCCGCACGAAGCUGCACGCAGUCCCGAUAACCUAAGACGCCAGGCCUGUGAUGGCGGUGCCCCAUCCUUGCCAUCAUGUUUCCACAACCAGACGCGCAGCGCUAGGUAGUCCGUUUACACUGGUAGGGCUCCGUAGGGGCAUCGGCUUGGAGUAGCUUGCGGCCGUCGUCUCGUGUCGACAGAAUUGCGUCCCAGGAACGGCACGGCUAAGCCCCGCCACGGCUUGCCGCGCCGUGGCCAGGCGACUACGCUCUCGCCAGGGCGUACCUUGUUCACCGAUUACGUGGCGCGCCCACUGCGGUUCCCGAUGGGAAGCGCGUGCGCCUUUACUGCGGUGGACGCGGUUGGUCCAACGAUGUGGGUGACAGCGUUGCCGAGCGCUACGGACAAGGCUGCCGCCAGGCAGGUCGCCGCCAUUAGUAAGCGCGCAGAGUGGGGCGAUUGUGGGGCGGCUCGAUGUGGUAACGGCUCGCACUUCUCUGAGGAAUUUUGGGAGGGUCUGCAGCGCUUGCAUUUUGAGAAACUGGCCAAGGAGGCCCCGGGCGCGCGUCGUGGUGCCUCAUGGCUGCCUGAGUCUCCGGCCACCGUCGAAGCGCCACACCCUGAGGCCAGCCGCUCUCCCCGGACUAGGCUCUCCUCUUUGCCGUCGUCGAUUGCUUCGCCCGCAACGGCGAGAGCAUGCUUGAGCCCCAAGAGGGCCCCGCGACUACCGACCUUCCGGGUGACUCCUCUUGGCGGGCCCGCUUACCUGGCAUUUUGUGGCCGGCCUUGGUUCUCUAAUGGUGCUACCAGCCUUAUCGCACACCGCGGCCGCGGUUUGCGUGUUCGAGCGACAGGGAGGGCCGCGCCUGGGGUGAUGAGCCUGCACCUGCCGAGAUCGGGCCCGAGCUUGCCCUUGCAUCUAGCCGAGCGACCUUGGGCAAGAGAAUGCAGAUGGAUGCUGCAAACGUUGCAAAGAGGAAGCGGCAAAGGGGUGACGUGUGCAACGACCAUCCCCGCAGGCUGCGCCGCGGGUAACUCGUCGCGUGGUUGCGCCCUUCUCGUAAGAAGUGGGAGCCGCGGCCGAUGCGGGAGCCCUUCGCCAUCAUAAAGGCAGCGGCCCGAUGGUCGCGCGCGCAUGGAUGGGGCCUGCUUCAGUGGUGCGGUGCGUCAAAUUGUUCCCAUUCUGGUUCGCCUGGCUGGCUGGGGCUGCGAAGUGUGUAAUGAAGUGGAGUCAAGAACUCACAGCUGACCAGUCGCAAGGACCUCUUGGCGGUAAUGCAGCGCCACCGCUAUGACUAUCGGAAGGGCCUAGCGUAGUAAGAUGAAAAAAGAAGCGAGGGCCGCGCCUGGGGUCUCAGGCAGUUUCUGAACGACCUCACGAGGGGGCUGGGGUUACCCCGCGAGCCAAUAACCAACACGCAUCAACGCUUUACCACUCCCACACACAACCACGCUGCCAGCCUCCCACAUUACUGAGCCCACGCACCGCCACCAUCUGCAACGCGUCACCCCAGUACAGUUGCCACAGAGUCUGACUUAUCGGAAGCCUGUCAAUGAAUGCUGUCGACGGGUGAAAAAUGUGCAAAAAGGGGCGCGUCGGUCUAUGCAUCUUGACCGGCCCCACGAAGUGCAGGCUUGUGCCUAUCUUAUCGGAACCUUGUUAAGGCUGGGAGAGGGUGGCUCAUCUUCACUCCAACAGCGUCGCAAUUACAGAAGGCUGCGGGCCUUUGAAGUGCCAGGGAUGAGGAUCAUGCUGGAAGUUCUUUACAAUGGUGCAGAAUAGCCUCCGCCACAGCUGAAAAUAGUGCGAGCAUUGCUAGGAUGGGCAGGCGAGGCUUUCAGUUGCAGGUGAGAUGAGUCCACAGCCCUGCGCCUGGCGCCCAUUUGAUCUCACGGGCUGCUCGCGCUUGGCGUAAGUUGUACUUCGGUGGCCCAGUUCGCCUGAGUCUUGGAGCGUGGAGGCCCGCAGGCAAUGGCCCCACCUCCAUGCGCCACGCGGGGCGAAGCGCUGCCUCGGGUUGUGACUUGCAGGUGAUCUGAUGGGCGUCGCCUCGUGGGCCAUGGAGGGCGCCUGGCGAUCUGGCCACUGCCGAAGCUGUGCGCGGCUACCAUCUGCUGGAACGGCAGCGAGCCUUUGGGCCGCCACAGGAGAGCGCAAGCCCGCCGCGGUCUCGGUCUUGCUUCUCUUGGAAAUUGAAAACGCAGCAUUUUGCUCAAAGAGCGACUCUCUUUCUAUAUUAAUUCUAUUUCCAAAAAGUCACCUCUAGUCGCUGACUGGCCGUAACGUUUUGGCCUUGUUGGGCGGCAAGUGUUGUAGUUCGAUCCAGCUCUCAAAAAAAAAGCAACUCCGACAAAUCGCGCAAAAAUGGAAAGCGCAACACUUUGCGCCAAAAAAGCGCAACGCGCUGCGCUUUCAUUGACUGAGCACGAAAAUACAGCAAAAGCCCCAGACUUCGCAUCUCGGUGCCGCAGGUGGUCAAAGGUUAAAAAUCUGCAGGAGAGAUAGUCUGUCUGGCAGGCCGACUGGGUCAUGGCGUUCCCAUGGUCCCGCGCUCCCUUGCUCUUGCUCUCUGGCGUCGCUUCAGGCUGUGAGGGCCUGGGAGUUUGAUCGGCUGCCCACGAUCUGAAGCAACCACGGCGACCCGUCUGCACCAAUGGCAGUCGGCUGGUCUGGUUCAGUGGUGUCGUGCAUCGCUUCGACUUGAAAGCCCAGCGCCCGACCCCGAGUCCUGUCCUUGAAGGUGAAAGACGUGCAACCGCGUGAAACCCGUGCGAAACUGACUACACGCAGCGGCGACAGCCUAAGACUGCGGGCUCGGCUUGUGACGAUUGUGCCCCGUCUUUUCUAUGGUUUCACUACCAGGCGCACAGCGCUAGGCAGUCCAUUCAGACUGGCAAGGGCUCCGCAGGGGGAGGGGCAUUAGCUUGAUAAGCUUAGCGGUCAUCUUGUCGACAGAAUCGCGCCCCGCGGUAAAGUGCCUGCCGGACAUUCUGCGAAACAGUCUGCCUUCAUUAUAGUUGGAGUAACGUGAUAAAAAAAAAAAAGUCGAUAAGUGAUUUUCCUUAUUCAGUUUCUUACUGAUGCGAUGAGGCUGCGCGCAGCCGAUACGGAGCAGAUGUUUUCGGGAGGUCUUUUCUUUGCGAAACUGACGACGUCGUGAAGUCUCGUCGUGGAAUUCCCGACCCAGAAGUGAUCAGAUACUGCAGGUUGUUACUUUGAUGCAAGUAAGCCUAGUAGCUGGUCGCGUAGGGGGUGACGAAGUAGCUGCAUGCUGAGGCUUCGCACGUAUGGGCUUGCAUUUGUUUUUUUUUCGAUCGUGGCUCGUUUUGCUUAUCUGGUUGUUAGCUUGGUUGUCAUGUCCUCGCUCUUGGUAACUACUCCGCACCCAGUGGCCAGCUUCUAUAUUUAUAUACUAUCUUCAGCGUCAUGGCGUCAAUAUAGACAGCGCACAGCGCUCCAAGGUUUAUUUUAACUCGAGUCGGUGACGAUCUUGGUCGCGGCUACUACUAUUACUACUACUACUACUACUACUACUACUGCUACGGCUACAUCACGGCCCGCGCGCUGCUAGUCAUGUUCUGCUGUUCGGAUGAUACGGGCUCGGCGUUUCUUGGACGAAGUGGCGGCCGCGACUCGUCUACGAGGUUGCGAAGACAGCAACUGGAUAGCACGCACCAGCAUGGCCACGGCCACGACUAUGCUGAAACAGCUUUUGGCUCCGCCAAGACCUCGCCAAGCAAGGCGCGCGAGGAUCGUGAAGCCCUAAACCCUAGGCCCUGAGCGCCCUAAAGUCUGCAGCCAUAUCCUCGGUCGUGAGUUAAUCACUUUCGUCGACUUCUUGACUUAGAACGUCAAGACCGCGACUACAGCCGAUCCCUGUGCUCUGCAACUCUUUGAAAGUGGCUCGGUAUACUCCUCGCCGUGCAAGCUAGUGAAGCUCAAAGCUGUGCAGUGCGACAAACAUGAGGAGAGCUACUUCCUCCGCUUCGUAGCAAGCUAGAAGUAAGAAAAUGCCAAAGAGACAAACUCGACCAUAGGCAAAAAAGAGCGCGGCACGAAAAUGGUCACCGUGGGCGAAAUGGAGGCCGCUCGGUGCGUAUUCUACGGGAAAGUCUUCCGCGUGAUCUUCUGCAGUGGUCUUGCUUCUGCCCGCUGUUCUUGUUCGUCUUGUUGUAGCCGAGCAAGUAGCUGUAGAAGUCGUCAGUGAUGAUCUUCAACCAUGGCCAUUGUCUGCAAGUUCGAUUCUGUUCGGAAGUCAAUUUUUAUAAUGGUGCCGCGUUGGUUGUAGUUCUCCGCUGUGUCAGAUGAUGGCGCUGCGGAUUUUUUUCAAAUUAUAACGCCAACUAGACUACUGCAGGAUAUGAAUGCACUGCAAUACGACUCGGCGCCUUGUCGUCCAUGUGAAGUGAUCGCUAUAGUAUAGUGACCACGUCAGCACUUUUCUGCGCGAGCUCCUUUUUUGAUCAUUCGCGGCCACCAUCUAGCUGCUGCUGUAGUUUGAUUCUUCUACUUCUAGAGCCACCGCGCGCCUUUUCUUCUAUCAAAUAAAGCAACAAAAUGGGCCAGGGAUCGUGGUCGCCGAAUCAUGCAACGACCCAAAUGACUCCGGCUGACGCGGGCGACAGUACUGAAAUGGGGCCAGUCUUCUUGACUUCGUGCCCUACUUAUGGAGCUACAACCUGGCUGCUUUUCCAAGUAGCAGCCGCGUUUCGUGAUUUUGUACAACAGUCGGGACCUUCUGCAGGUUGUUGGGGUAGGUCGUCAGCAGCUGCGCCGCAGUUUUUACUCUUGCUAGACUUAUACACAGUCUCACAGUGGUGCGAGUCAAGGAGCGCGCCCGAGCAGCUUACCGAGGGAAGACCAUAGCGCGCCAGACAGCUGCGGCAACUCGGCGCGUUGUAUCUUCAGGCGGCCCAGUCGCUCCUGAACCUGAUGCCCCUGCGUCUUCGGAGCAACUGGACGACUCUAGCACGGAAGUAGAAGGCGCUGGCCAUCGGGUGGCGGAAUUACAGAAGACUUCGUCUGGCGUCGUGGAACAAGGUGCAGAUAGUGGCAGUAGUAGCUACUACUCUGAUCGGCCCGGUCAUGAGUCAUCCGCCCCCGACUGGGUUGGCCAGCGUUUUCGACACGGCUGGCAGUGACCGCGACGCUUUCCAUUCAUGCGUCGGAUCGCUAGAGGCGCCCCACCCAGCCCAGGGCUGACUCCUCCUGGCGCGCAGGGAUAUAGGAAUCGAGUAGCUCUGCUUGAAGAAGAACUGCCGGCCGACCACUUGGAGAAAAUAAGUCUGCAGCUUCUACAGGAGCAAGCUCUUCAGCGCGAAGAUUCAGAGGAUGGACCAUAAAAGUGACCACUUGCGUUGCUAUGGUAGGUCAGGAGUAGGCGAAGGCGAUCGUAGUGACAUAGUGGAGCAAGCCGCUUCACGCGAGCAGAUGACGAAAAAGGGAAGCGCAAGCGCUAGCACUAGCAAAACAGCUAGCAAAUUGAUGACAGCGAAGCGGAGAGUAGUGGCGCAAGUGUCAACGCCGACGCCUCCGAAGUAUCAGCUGACGAAAAGAAGAGCGCUGGCUGCUCCUGCUCUUGCUUCUUUGAAAAUGAAGACGAAAAAGCCACAGCACGGAAAGAAAAGCCUAGCGAAUCUGCAGCCGCGGCCGCGAUAUGCUUUCGCGGAAUUUUUCUGCGAUCAAGCAGCGACCAGAAGCACAGCAGCAGAGGCCAGACGUGACGAAGACGCCAGUAAGUGUAGAGCUGUCGCAAUCGCAUGACAGGCAGCAGCCUGAUGCCGUGGCAGAUGGGGUUGUGGAUGAUCAUGAUACUCCUGGCGGGAGCUUGGCUCCCCGAAAAAGCUGCUUCGCGUCAGCUUGUAGUAAGUUAGUAGUGGCAACGCUAACAAAGGCGACCAUCUCACUGACCAGGAGACGGGCACGAAGAUGGUGGCGAUCCUUGAAGAAUCUCCAUUGAAGCCGCAAAGGCUACCAAUGUUGGGAAGCUGGACCGCGCCAGGCUUGGACGAGCUAGAUCCGGAUCGUGAAUUGCUCAAGGACAGGGGUGGCCUUCCAAUGAAGGCACUACCUAGCUUAAGCGUAACGGUGUGGCGGUUCUUAUUGUUCGCGUGAUUGUUCUGGGAUACUCGUCUGGGUGCGGCGAUCAUCAGACUCGGGGAUGGGGCUCUUGGUCUCCUCUCGACACGAGGCGAGAGCGAGGGCCGGGCGCUCGUCGGCUGCGAAGGCUCCCGGACGAUAACUACGCGCGACCCAUCACGCCCGCCCACCAACACUCGCCCCGAGUCGGGGCGCCGUGCGUGGCCUGCUCGCGGGUAGUCGGUCUGCGCCGCGAUGGCGAUCGCUCUGCAUAGAGCUGCGCCACACACCCGCCGAGAUAGAUGAUGGCUAUCCCGUGGCGUCAUACUGAUGCGAAACAGAUUCAAACGCAUACAAAGAGCAAGCCCGAGCGAAAAACACAAACGAAAGACCACACGACAAGAAAAACCACAGAGAAAACCACACGGCCCACAAGCCCACACACACAGAACCCACUUGCGGGCGAGCUUCAGCGCUGUCCGUCAGCUGCUGACCUUGGUUGCUGCCGGCCAGCUACAGCCUGCGGCGGGGCGUUUCCCAAAGUCUGGCCGGAGGCCGCGAGAUGUGAAAUGAAUGUAAAUGCGAAUUCCUGCUGAUCUGCUCGGGUUCUCUCUAGUCGGUGCUUAUACUAUCGGAGAUCAAUCAUAGGUGACUAAAUAAGAAUUGCACGCUCCGGAGAUCUCAGAUAGUUUUCUGGAUGGUCUUCGGAGAGGGCUGGGGAACUCCCCGCGAGUCCACUCUCUCACCUUAACCAAACCAACGGCGCCACCAAGCACCGCGUGAUUACCAAAUCACGCCUACGAAUACCAACGGCGCCACCAAGCACCGCGUGAUCACCAAAUCACGCCCACCACCACCACCACCACUACCAAUAGCGGCCUUUCCCCGGCUACAGCCUCGUAUAGGCUGGUGGCGGGAACAGGAUUCUACUGCUGAAGCCCGUUAAAAUGCCGCUUGUCCCCUUAUGGACCCGCGGCAAUAACAUGCACAGCCGACGAAAACACACAACUAACUAUGCACGAACAGGCACUGAAAGAAGAUCCAAAAAACAUGUCCUGCGGUAAUGCCAUCCCCCUGUGGGGAGCGGCUACCCUUCUUAAGGGGCUGACGCCUGAAGCCAACCUUACACCCGCAACAAGGCCGAAGUGGUGAAGUAGAUCCAUGCGAUGCCACUAUAUCCUCUGUUUUUUAACCAACUUAAGGGCUCUGAUCUCCGCGAGAGAACGAGCGAACCACCAGCCACAGCGUACCCGUGUGCGGGGAAAAAACUUUUUGUUCCCACUGACGGCUCAUAUGAGUGCAAAGCUCUUUUUCUUGCAUAUGAGAGGUCAGAUGUACGAGAUCCAAAAAUCUGUCGAGAAGUGAACUAAGUGCGAAAAGAUCCCGCCUUGGCCCGCCCUCGCUCUGUUCCGCGAACAUGCUAUGGCCUACUCUCAAACCCUAACGGGGAGAGAGAACCACGACAGGGGUGGACUAUGAAACCCUCUUACUGGCCGACGCAUCCUAACCCACCGCGCCAGGAAUGAAAGAGACGAUCUACAAACUAAAUUUGCGGAUCCUGUGCUCUGUUUUUUCUCGUUCAGCGAUCUGAGCUCAUUGUGAUCUAAGCGCUAGACAAAAAUACGCCACUAAGGCCCACAAUACGGCGCGCCGAAACUCGAAGUAAGCCUGAAUGCUGACGGCUACAAGUGGCAUUAUGCGAAUAACUGACUAAGCCAACAAAACACGCAUAGGCUACCACUCCACCACUUGAGACAACGAUAGCGCUUACUUUCACCAAAACCCAGGGAAAACACAAGAGGAAACUCUUAAAAAAUCUACUUCACUCUCAAAAACCAAAGCUACAAAAUGGAGGCGCAGCAACGUCCUACCAUUGCCUUCGGGCAAAACCAGGCCACGUUGGGGCUGGUGCGGGACUUGACUGAGCCAGAAUUGGCCGCGGUCUAUGUCCUCAACAAGAGCAUGGCGCUCAUCUUGGACCCUCGCCCGCAACUGAAGGAGGACGUGGAUGGAGUCAUGGCCACCCUCACCACCAUGCGGGUUGGUCAAAAUGACGCUCCGCUGCCGGCCGAAGGCCAAGGUUGGGCCAAGGCUUAUUUGGCCUAUGUUUCGAUCGUGGAAAAAUAUCAAAAGGAGAAUAUUUCUGACGCGGCCUUUUUUACCAAACAGCGGAUCUCUGAUUGCUUCAACGCGCUGCCGCAAAUUGUGUCGCAUCCAAAUUACACGGAACUCACAAAAGCAUCGGGAGGACGCCGCGGCAUUGAGGCAGUCCGUGAACACUGUGAUGUGGAUACUCCAGCCUGUUUACAGGGUGCAGGAAUCCACAGCGACUACACCUUUCUUCACGGUCACUUCGCCGACAACAAUCUGGAACUACCGGACGGCUUCGGCCAACCUCAAGGCCCACCAGCGCCACCUGCUCAACCUCAACCACCUGCCCAACCGCCUGCUGACGUGGCUGCUAUGGUGGCAGCUCAGGUCACCGCAGCUCUGGCAACCAUGAAGGAGAAGCUCGGCCAGGAGUACGAGGAGAAGCUCAAGGAGGUCGUCGCCAAGCUCAAAGAAGAGGAGCAGACCACCCCGAACUUUAGCGUCGCUAAACCGGACGAACGCGGCAUCUACCCAGAUGCGGCGGCGACUGGCUACCGUAACAAGAGAGAAGCCUCGGACGUUCCGGGCUUCAAGGACCCUGACGAGCCGGGCCCCAUCGCGGUCAACGCGCUCCGGUCUCUUCGUCUCCCGCAUGGUGAUGAACAAGAUCAGGGCAUCUCCUUCCAGAUCACAUGGCACUCUCUACCGAGUGCUAUCACUAGUUUUGUCCCGCCUGCCAACGGACUUACCUCCCUUAUGGGUAAGCGCCAACGGCGGGCGGACAACCGUAAGAGCCAGCGAACGCCCCCCGCGGAUCGUCACGCGUCACGCCUCUAGCGUGACGCGUAUGAACCUCGGGGGGAUUGGGUGUUUCUUCGCCAUGCGUGCUCUAGCGUGACGCAUAGGAAUCUCGGGGGGAUUGGGUGCUUUUUGACGAUGUGCGCUCUAGCGUGACGCGUGGGAAUCUCAUCGGGGUCGGAUGUCUUUCCCGCGUGCGUUCUUUAGUGUGACGCAUGGGAAUCCAAUGCAGACCAGGCGCCCCUUUGCCAGUGUGUAAGCGUGACGCUGGCCGAGGUUCUCCCUUGUUGAGGGUCCUCAUGAUCGGAAAGACUUCGGCUGAGUGUCCUCUAUUCAGAUUGAGGGCUCUCCUUUGAAGGUCCUCAUGAUCGGAAGGGCCUCAUCUGCGAGCCCUCUCAGAGCAGAGCGAGGGCUCUCCCUUGAGGGUCCUCAUGAUCGGAAAGGCUUCAGCUGAGUGUCCUCUAUUCAGUUUCAGACUGAGGGCUCUCCCUUGAAGGUCCUCAUGAUCGGAAGGACUUCAUCUGCGAGCCCUUUCAGAGUGAGGGCUCUCCCUUGAGGGUCCUCAUGAUCGGAAAGACUUCCGCUGAGUGUCCUCGAUUCAGGUUGAGGGCUCUCCCUUGAAGGUCCUCACGAUCGGAAGAGCUUCAUCGGCGAGCCCUCUCAGAGGGAGGGCGCUCCCUUGAAGGUCCUCUCUCAUGCUCGGAAGAGCUUCAUCUGAGGGCCCUCUCAGAGUGAGGGUUCUCCCUUGAAGGUCCUCGCUCAUGAUCGGAGGAGCUUCAUCGGGGGGCCCUCUCAGAUUCGAUUGCUUGGGGGUCAUCUGAGUGUCUUCUAUUCAGAGUGCGGGUUGCUUCUCCCUUGAAGGUCCUCUCUCAUGAUCGGAAGUGCUUCAUUUGAGGACCCUUUCAGAUUCAGAGUGAGGGGUCUCCCUUGAGGGUCCUCAUGAUCGGAAAGACUGCAGCUGGGUGCUCUCUAUUCAGAUUGAGGGCUCUCGCUUGAAGGUCCUCAUGAUCGGAAGGGCUUCAGCUGAGUGCCCUCUAUUCAGCUUGGGGGCUCUCCCUUGAAGGUCCUCACGAUCGGAAGGACUUCAGCUGAGUGUCCUCUAUUCAGAUUGAGGGCCCUCCCUUGAAGGUCCUCAUGAUCGGAAGGACUUCAUCGGCGAGCCCUCUGCUCUCAGCGUGAGGGUUCUCCCUUGAGGGUCCUCUCUCAUGAUCGGAAAGACUUCAGCUGAGGGUCCGAAGGUCCUCAUGAUCUGAAGGUGGGGCCUUCAUCUGCAGGCCCAUUCUUGAGCGUCACGCGAAGAGCGUGGCGCCUUGUCUCUAGUAAGUCUGUAGGGUACACGCAACAAAAGCGUCACGCUUUUCGCGUGACGCGUCACGCUUUUCGCGUGACGCUCGAACCAAGAUGGGGCAGGCUCUCAGUAGUAUACCAGAGGGGGGAAGGCGUGACGUCUUAUGUAGGACCGCGGGGGGCGUUCGCUGACCCUUACGGCGGACAACCCGGGCCAGGAUGAGGCAACCGCUCGAGCAAAGGCAUUCCAGCCGACGCCACACAACAAGACCUCUAGCCCGGGCCCAGAUGAUGGCCCGAACUUAGCCGUGCAACCUAUGGCGCAUGUGAACUCAGCAUCGGCCUGAUGGGCGGUUAGAGAUAGCCUGCGCACGAUAUACCACAUCACCGAUGAACCACAUACCUCAUAACACACCACACAAAAACACACAGGGACGGAAAAGGUGGCGCUACCCUUCAUCUUACGGGCCUCGACCUCAGCAACCAACUCGCCUUCACCUGGAUGGCCACACCAGGAGACGUCGCCUCGUACAAGGGAGCUGUCCUCGAUACCCAGAGCCAAGGCGGACUACUUUCGGCCGUGGUCUACCCGAACUGCCAAGCUAACUUGCAGGCUUACCGCCGCCUCGUCCCGACCGUCCACCUCGCGCCUACCACGCUACUGCACUGGGUCGCAACACAUACGCCCACGCAGAAGGCCAGCGCCAAAGCGCUGGCGGCCUGGUUAAUCUUGCAAGGCAUCGGAUCCGAGCGGUCGCUUCUCACAAAAUUUCUCACCACAGAGGAACUUGAGACGUCGCCCAAAACCUUUAUUCUGUUUAAGAAUAUUGGAGGACCGUUGUGCCAAGACCUCGCGUCCACCGCACAACGCCUGCUUUCGCUUGGUUCGGCUAAGGUGCAACUAUAUACCCCUAGCGAACUCCUAUAGUAUACCUACGCGAUACAAUCAACCAGGAAUUGCGCCAUAUGUCGUCUCUUACGAAUACCACCAUACUCACACUCCGCAUACCUUACCUACAUGCAUGCGCAAACCCACCCUCUCCACCAACCAACCAAUCGCCCACAGGUCCGCCCAACUAUUCCUCGCGUUUUCUGGAAUGGAUGGGGCAUCAGCUACUUGCACGCCCUCGAACGCCGAAGUCAAGAGGACUUGCGAGGUGCCUUGCUGGGAGCAACGUGGGGAGAAAAUGAAAAAUUGACUACAGAUGCACAAUUUGCCAUGGAGACGACAAUGAGCAUGGCACAAAAAUUCGUGCUGUAUAUAGGGGAGGCCACUAAUAUAGACGAAAGUAUUAAAUUGGUCUCCCCUUUUCAUUUUUCGUUGUCUGGAGUCGCGAAAUGCGCGCUCGUGUUGCAUUUCAUACCAAUGAUGCUGUAUGCGCACGCGCGUGAUGAACUUCGCAAGAACAGCAUGUCCUCCAUGCAGUUCUUAACACGACAUCAACAAGAACUACAGCAAUCUUCUGAAGUUAGUUCGCUCUGCGCAGUGGGGAAAGGACAAACAAAACAACGCCACAGCAUCUCCCUCUCCCGCUGCUGCUGAAAAGCGAGCUAAUGAAGAGGAUGAAGACCAAAGUCCACCACGUGCUGCUGGAGCUAAGCGCCGCAGGAAGAAUAUGAAGAAGAACAACACGACCACCACCUCUACCACUACCAAGAAGGACGAGACCAAUACCGGAGAAUGCCAAUCCUGGUGGAACUGGCAGGCGCCGCCGGCUAAGGGUACAGGCAAAAAAGGCCAGCCCCCUGCUGCUGCGGCACCAACCGCUGCUCCCAACAAGGCCGACGCCUGCCAUUGGGUGUGGGCACCGGAGAAACAGUGCUACAAGUCCUGGGAUUCCAAGAACAAUGUCUGGCGGCAUGAUACCAACUGGAAACAGACGGCUGCACUCAAGAACUCCAAACUACGGCUAAAGCUACUCACUCCGCAUAACUAUUAAUUUGUGGCCUCUGUUGAACCAUCCACCUGUCAAAUACCUCUGUCACCUCUAAUCACCGAAUGGGCCGCCGACUUACCGCGCGUUCGCAAGACCAAUGAAACACCUCACCAAGAUCAACUACCAGCUCCUUCUUCAAACACUGACGCACCGGCCAACCCACCGGGUCAGCCUACGGCUGCAAAGUGUAAGCAACUGAGUGCUGAGCUAAUCCACCGUGGCACUUUACCGGUGUGGCGCUCCUGGACGGAGCUGGUGGCGGACGGAUGGACCCCCGUGGCCACGACGAACAAGUCUGAUCCUAAAACAGGUCGCGCAUGGGCAAAAACAAUUAAUGCCGCUCCUUGUGGGCUGCCGGUGUCUAAAGACGGGAUCCUUGGGCCCCCAGUGGUUCAAUCCGCGCCCAAACACGACAAAUACCAGCUGGCUAAGGACGCCUGUGCCUGUUGCCACAUCUUCCACAAAUGCGCUUUCGAUGAGAAUAAUCUUACCUGCCCUUUGAUCCACCAGUGGCCAGCAGAGGACGCAAGUGCGAUUGUUAAACGCAAGCGGAGUGAGGCUGUUGUAGCCCAGUCUAAAUAAGAAAGAAGAGGCGUGGAUGCCGAGAGUCCGUAACUGAGACUCUCGAUCAUGAAGCAGAGGCGUUGAGGCAACGUCUCUCCGGUGAACUUGUUGAAGCCGCUAUGACGUCAUGAACCUCACCACUUUGUAGUUGAGACGAAGUAAGAAAAGACCAACCUUGCGAAGCUUGAGCUAAGACUACCGCUGUCAGGCUGUGUUCUUUCUGCCGCAAUGGAAAACCCAGACUGAUGCCUGCACUAAAAAACCUGUGCAACAUGUGGUGGAGUGAUCAGAUGCAUCUAUUGGCAACAAGUCGACCAUUCGUCAUCCGUGCGCCUAAGUCUGCGACUGUCGGCACCGCUCACCAAUGCAAUACAAUGAAACAAUUACUAUGGGAUGAAUGUGGCCGAUCUCGAAGUGCCUCCCUAAUAGAGGAACGCCUUGCCUUGCCGUAUGCAACAAAGCUGCUGGCUACUGGCUUGAUUAUGUUAACUACUUAACCAUACACAACCACUACCAACUUAAGCUAAGCCCUUGGAUAAAGCGAUACCAUAACGCCACUCACUACCUUUACCAACCAAACCACCGCCAGGGAAACAGCGCUAACGUGUCCGCGCAUACGUGUUAAAGACAAAUACUCACAUUAAAGAAUGAGCACCAACGCACCGGGAAAGGGUCAGAAGGUGGCCAUCCCGCCGACCCGUAAAGGCCAAAAAUCGGCCUUCCAUGAGAAACUGGUGGCUGAGGCAAAGCGCCGCUCUAAAGGCAUUGGUGAGAAACCAGCCCAAGACGCUACGGGAAAGGGCCCCCAGGACCCCGCGGCCGCCAUGGCGCCGCACGGUAAGGCGCGCCCCAACCAGGCUGCCUCGAGCAGCGCCUCGACUGGUGCUGGUCCGUACAACAACGACGAGCAAGCCUUCCUCCCGCCGUCCACUCAGGAUGAAGACUACACCACGCCAGCAACUUCCUUCCGGAGUAAUGAGCUGGGCGAAGCCUACGACCUUGGGGCUCCGAGCACGCAAGUGUUGGCUGAGGGCGAACUACCCGCCUCUACACAAAGUGGCCAGGAACUAAAAUACGGCGCUGGUGGCAUGGAUUACCUUCCGGCCAUUAUCAAGAAGCCGCGCCAGACCUACGCCGACCAUCAGCCAGCCCAUCAAGAAACUCAAGUGGACUGACCCGGCGGCAAACCAGUCGGCUAAACUCUGCAAGGACUUGCUCCACAAAUGUGGAAAGCAGAUGGCCCACUUCCUCCGCCACAGCCCAGAGCUGGCGCAUCGGCAAGAGGUCGAGGGCUGGGAGCGCGAGUGGAUUGACUUGGGUGACCUUCAGGAAACCCUCUACCAUGGCAAACAUGGCGCUUGGUACCCGCUCGAAUACAUUGAGGCGGCUGCAGAAGUCCCCAACAGACAUGGUGGACUCCGCUUUGAAAUUGCCUACCACGAACCGGCUCACUACAUCCGCGCCACAUCGGGGCAAUCCGUGAUCAAAUGCACCGGAAGCAAGCGCCUCACUACCAAAGCCGAAGCACAAGAAUGCGCCGACUUCCACGGGUGCCAACACUUUCAGCCUUAUUCUGCUGUAUUCGCCGAUCUGUUAUCUUCUCCUGCCUUGAGCUACAAAGUCUCAACCUACCUACCUUGCCACCAUUCAACCACCAGCAGCAAACUCUAUCCACCAAAACCACCUUACCCAGCAUACAGAUACAUCUGGCGCCAGACCUCCGCAGACGCCUUGGCAAACAUUGGCCGAGUCGGCUAUUUGUUGCUGAUGAGCCGCCAGCAUGUCCAUUGGGGGGACCAUCCAAAUCGUACCAAAUCGAUGGGUGGCGACCGUGUAUGGAUUUCGGUCCACACUCAUGACGUCAUCGAUGAGGGAGUCGCUCUGUAUGUGACUAAGACGAAACAUCAGUUAGCCACAGACCCAGUGCCGCUCUAUCUGUGUAGCGUCUACACCUUGGAACAACUCCCACAGAACUCAUGAGUAGUCAGGUUAUAACCUGGCUGAGAAUAGGCGGGAUGCCACUUACCGGGCCAGCUUUUAGGCUAUGUGCACCAAUGUGAGCAUUUGAGAAACAUGCUCUACCCCGGCUGCCUUAUCUCCACAUCUGACUGUAGUCAGUGUUCGCCAGCUGCUGCAUACCAGGAAAUUAUGACGAGAGAAGGUCAUCCGCCGAGAGAAAUUGGGGCACUCUACAAGCAACGAAGUACACUCCUCCCUAGAUAAUACCAUGAAAACAAUAUACAAAACCAAGAAAAAGUAGCACUUGCGCAUUGGAAUAAAGCGCGAAAUAUUCGCGGGAAAAAUAAAAAUGACAUCACGUUUCUUCGCGCCGUUACAUGGCGCCUGGCUCGCGCCGGCUAUGGCCUCUUCCAAGGCCUCCGGCUCCCAGCUGCGAGAGCAAGCCUCGCAGCCCACACCACUGGGAGACCCGACGUGGAAACCACCACCGUCGGAGACCACACCACUCUCGCUACCCACACCAUCACCGUCACUCAAACUAGAUAAGGCCACUAUCCCAAAACGGGAAUACCGCCACACCCUCACGCGCUACCGCAGCAACGAGAGCAUCGCGCUGCAGUUGCAAGCGCAUGCCGAGGGCACCCUCAUCAACUGCAAGCACAGCUUUCACGUCUUCCGGGACUACUGGGCGAACCAGCUCCCGCAAGUCCACCCUCCAUACUCAAUCGAGCACCUACGUAUCUUCUGCCUCUGGAUCUCGGCCACCAGUGAUAGCUCCGAGCUGGCAAACGCCUACUUUGCCGCGGUAUCUCACAGCCUCCUCAUGUCAGAGCUGGACCCACGCACCAACCAACCGCGCAACUGGCUCCAGCCGCACCCUUGCGCCAUUAAGGCACUCAACAUCGCCAAGGAUGACAUCCGGCGGACGUGUGCGGCACAAGAGCCCCUCAAGGCGCCACCUAUCCACGUGGAUGCGUGCCGACGCCUCCAGCCUGCAGAUCGCGCACUUGUGCGCCUGUGGAUCCUCCUGGGCAUCCGGUGGAGCAGCUUUGCCGAGCUCCGCCCGCACCACCUCACCUACCACGCCGACCGCAUCCUCGUAACAGUUAUUCGAGAUAAGAUCGCGAAUAAGGCGGGGCGCGUGGUUACCAUCCGCUGCAACUGUACCUCACCACAACACAAGGACCUCUGCCCCAUCUGCGACAAAACCACACCACAACCAUCCCUGCCAGCAGAUGGAAAAUCAAUGAUGGAUAUCAUGAAACAACUGGGGGCAAAGUUCCACUCGCCUCGCCGAACUAGUGCCCUCAUGGCCGCAAAAGCGCUGACCUCCGGCAAACACUUCGGCUUUGGGACCUACAUGAAGGCAAGAGGCUGGAGCACCCUCGCGGCCGUCCUAUGCUACAUGAAGGACCACGCGGACCACGCGGAUGCAGCCCUAUUCCCCGUGGCCGGGGCACUCGACUACACCGCCGACGAUAGCAAGCGCAUCACUCUACCUGCUACAACUAAAGACAGAGAUGAGAUCCAGGAGGCAAUGCGCAAUGAAACGCGCACCCGCGAACUGGACGAGAUCGAAUCUCUCUUGUCAACUAAGCACGACGCCACCGCCUACUUCAAGUCGAGGAGCAAACUCCUCGCGGAAGGUACUACCCAAAUGAACGGACAGGAUGUCCGCACAAUCAAGGUCACGCCGAAAGCUGCAUACUGCAAAUCGGCGAUGAAAAAAGUCACCAAGAAGAAGACCACCUCCGCCACUACUAAAGACCAGGCACGGAAACAAUCGCAGGCCGCUCCACUUCGCAAGAAAGUGAAGUCGAAAUAAGACGCUUGGCGAAAGCCGCGCCUGGACAGUUGGCAAGUAAGUGACUGCUUCCUUAACCCAUGGUCUCGCCGUGAGCAUGCCCAUAGGCAGGCAGCUUAGAUGGGAACAAUGAUUAUUGAAGCGUCAGCGUGUUGCACACCAAAGAACUAGCGGCUUCUGCUGCCUUUGGCGACAGUGAUCCAAAAGCGGGAUCCUGGCACUCGUGUUCACCCACGCCCUCCUAGAGGCUUUCACUGCUGGAAGCAGGAAGCGAGCCAAAUGAUCGGUAGCAGUGAGUUCUAAUGUAGUGUAGCACUUGUCUGGCCGGAGGCCGCGAAGUGUGAAAUGAAUGCAAAUGCGAACUCCUGCCGAUCUGCUCGGGUUCUCUCUAGUCGGUGUUUAUACUAUCGGAGAUCAUAGGUGACUAAAUAAGAACUGCACGCUCCGGAGAUCUCAGAUAGUUUUCUGGAUAACGAAAAUGAAAAAACCCACCCACCCACACCAGGAAACGAAAGAUAGUCCAAGACGACGUCGAAAAAGCUAAAACUUGCAUUGAUUAAAACGGCCGACCAGUUAACUGAGGCGGUCUGGUCACCACCUGUCGACCUACGCCUCUACCAACAAUACGCUAAAGCUAUAUUUGACCAAAAACGUGAUCGAGAUGACAACGCACAAGAAUGGACCAACACGGUGGCACAAGCCACCCGCUACCUCCUCGAGCUCCAGCAGGACGCUGCGGAGACCAGCAAGGCACGCACCAAAAAAGAGAGCCCGGCGCACCUGCAGGGCCUCCUCCUGUCGGAGCCACCGCGCAAUGUGGACGCCGUUGAAACAUUGGCCACCCUAAUCGACCACCCUGACACCACCUUCACCACGCGAGUCAUCAAAGGGCUUAACGCUAUCGCCAAUGGUGAUACCGCGGGAGUCUGGAAAGCCAAUCGCACCCCUUUUAUCCGGGAAUCAGAAGUGGCCGACUUCUACAAGAAGGCCAUCCGUCUCCGCGCCACACCGCCAGAGUUCGACGAUGACCUUCUCCAGGCAAUCAUCGACAUCAUAGAGCAGGAUGCUCAAAAGGGACGGCGUAAGGAGAUCACCCGCGACCUGCUCCAGUGCCACCCUGCCACUGCUUUCCCUAAGGAUGAAUCCACCGAGGAACGCCGCAAAAUCCGGCUUCUCAUCGACAACCGCGCCAAGAAUAACUACUGCCGCACACAAGAGAAACUAGAACUACACGGCACCCGGAAGAUUCAAGAUCUCAUCGGCAUCUACAUGACGCCAACCGGGAAGGAGCAUGCUUGCAUCUCCUCACCACUUGGCCAGACGCGCAAGGAAACCCAUGCACAUACGCAACAAGAACUGGCAACGGCGGCGGCAACGGCCACCCUGCCAGAACCACAAGAAUCCCUCACGGCCCUCGCGGGCCGCCUGUCUGCUACCCUCACCUCCCUCAACCAGGAUGCGGCACAUCCGCAGACACCACCGCCAGCGAUGGCUUCCGAUGAUAUAUCCGAGGCCUACUACCUCUUUGGCAUCGACGACCCCAAAAGUUGCCCCAUAACGGGGCAUGACCCAAGGCAGCGGGCGUGCCGGUUCUGGGUCAGCUACACGCUCAAUAUGGGCGCCGAACCCUCCGUCCCGGCAUUUUGCCGACUCUCGGAGUUACUAAUGGCCAUCUGCAUCUACUUCAGAGUCCCAAUGUUGGCCUACAUCGACGACCAGAACUACUUUGCCGCAACAACGCAGCAAAUCUUUGUUGCGAAGACUUUCAUCCACCAGCUGGCAGCAUGCCUCGGCCUGUCGCUUUCCAAAAAACCGGCUGCGGGCCAGUCUUCAGCCAAAGCAGACACCCUGAAGGCCUUGGGCCUCAUCUACCACUACACUAGGUCAGUUGAUGCCACCCUUCUCACGCUUAUGCUGCCAACCAACUUCUACAUCAAGCUUACGAAAGCGUUCGACACCACCCUCACGCAAAUCAAAAGUAAGUCACUCGUCCUCAAAGACCUACAGAAGCUGGCCGGACUGGCGACCUUCGGCGCGCAACAUACCCGAUCGAAGAUCGGCACCGAGCUGCUCCGCCCGCUAUACAAAUGGCUGGGCGAGUCACUCUUUCACACCCUCAAGAAAUGCAAGAAGCGCCGCAGCAUGCUCCGCAUCCACGUUGUGGCGCUGCAGCACCUCUUGCCGACCCUGCCGCGAAUCAUCCACGGCAAGACAGCCGCACGAAUUGCGCAGUCCUACCUCGCCACGGAUGCGUCAUCCGAUGGUGGACCCGAUGGGCAACCCGUACUAGGUGCCUAUCACAUUAACGCACAGGGAAAGCGCCAAGCAUUCGCUGUACUAAUCGACCGCCAGCACAUCGAGAACGUCAUCGGUAACACUAUCCGCAUCGAAGUCCUCGAAGCAAUGGCUACCUACCUCGCCCUCACCACCUGGGCAACCGCGAGCGACCUCGUGCGCAUCUCCCUCGACAACGUCACCCAACAAGCGCGCGCGUGAAGAUGACUGCAAAAUCAUCACACUUGCUCAACAUCGUCACCAAAUCCACCCUGCGCGCCGCCUCAGCCGAGCAGCGCACCUUCUACCGCUAUGUCAGCACCCACUUCAACAUAGCGGACAUCUUCUCGAGAGAAGAUUGCGCCUCCUUCCGCCACUUACUGGCUGAAGUCAUCGAAGUACGACAACCAAGCUGGACAGUUGUACUUAAAACCCUCAACCAGAACGCACUGCUACCGGAGGUUACGGACUCCGGUCCCGAUACCCGAAAUGACACACAGCCUACCCCUCUUCCAGCGCCGCCGUGUGAUAAUCAACCCACAAAAAAGCAACGCAAGUAAGUGACUGCUUCCUUAACCCAUGGUCUCACCGUGAGCAUGCCCGUAGGCAGGUAGCUUAGAUGGGAACAGUGAUUAUUGAAGCGUCAGCGUGUUGCACACCAAAGAACUAGCGGCUUCUGCUGCCUUUGGCGACAGUGAUCCAAAAAAGGGAUCCUGACACUCGUGCUCACCCGCGCCCUCCUAGAGGCUUUCACUGCUGGAAGCAGGAAGCGAGCCACGUGAUCGGUAGCAGUGAGUUCUAAUGUAGUGUAACACUUUAUCGACCACCGGGCGCGACACUUGUGCACCUGUGCCGCCGUAACUAACCACUUCGCCCCAGCUGGCGCCUCCUAACUGCAGAAGACGACGGCGGCAGUGGUUCUGCGCGUGCUUCUGCUGCUUCGCGGCAUACUUUGGCCAGGCGGGGCCUCGUCGUUGCGCGGCUUCUUUCUCGAAGUCGAAGCAGGAGCGCUCGGGCCAUCUGAGCCGCACCCUCCUGGCAAUCCCACCCUUGGCUGCGUUUCGCCAUAUUUAUUAGGUGGCUCAUUCGUGGACUUUUCUGCGCGGGCAUGUGUCGCAGGUACACUCGCGCGGGCCCUCGUAUCAGAUGACCCCGCACAGCGCCAGCUUUGCUCCCACCUUCAUGGAGGCGACCCCUCGAACCGCGUCGGCCAGUUUGGACUCGGCUGCGCCAUGCAAGCCAAGCCACCAGCGGGCGCGUCGCAUAAUGGGGACCACACUCAUGCCAGUUUUACCUCCUCCAGUUAGAUGCGUGCUGCCUUCGUGUACUUAGAUGCGACUACUAGUCUGUAUAUGAAUAGGCUAGCGGAGGCGCUAGGUAGAGCAAUUGCAGCCACUUCUGCCGCUUAGUAUUCUAGGCAGUGCACUUCUCUUCUGUAGUUAUGAAAGGUUUCGCAUCGUGAGGAAAAGCGUUAUCAUUAUCGUUUUUUUGAAUUUUUGAGAAAAGCACGACGGGGAGCACUGCGAUCCUGGGGCUUUCCACCUUGCGAUGGGCAAGCCGGCCCUCCCUCCACGAGGUGCCGCAGCAGACGGCGCGCUCCUCCUCCCAUUGACGCGGCCCUUCAGUCAUGGCUGGGCAUGAUGGUACCGCUAAGCUCAGAGGCCGCGGCCUCCGCUUACGCACGCCCAUGGGGCAGUAGCGUGACCUGGCCCUGCAAACUUAUCCGCAAAAGUAGCCCACCGUGGGCACCAAGCUCGGCGCACUCGGAAAGCAACCCCGAUGGCAAUCGUUGGGGUGAUACAUGGGGGCAAGCAAUAUGAAACGCCAAGCCGAUCGAGGGGAAGCCGCGACGCCACUUCGCUCAAUAUUCAAGGAGGCGAGGAGCCGAUCGAGAGCCGCAGACGCGCGAGCGGCUGAAGAGGUCAGUUGGAGGGGGUGUUCGAGGGGGGUCCUUGUUUUCAGGGGCCCCAUUUGAUAAGACUUUCGGCGCCUGACAGAUAGGCGAUAACGCUUCUGGCGCCCGACACUCUUCGCCGAAGCCCAAAAACACGCGCUAAAUUUUCAGAACCUCGAGGGGCAAGCGGAUGACAGGUGGGCGCCUUUUCUGCUUGCUCGUUAUCGUUUUUUUGGCGAGUGUUUGGAGGGGUCGGUGGAGGGGGGCGGCGGACCACCUCCGGCCCGGCUAGAGGACCAGAGCGGCCACAGCAGGAAGGGGGCGCCGAGUCGCUAGAGGUCGGAGAAGGUGGAGCGCCAGAGGUGGCGGAGCGGCCGCAAGCAGCAGGGCUGCGGGCCAUCCCCUGACACUCGGGCCCCAGAUUCGCGAGGGGUCAGGGAAACAGGCUACACGCGUGCGCGUCUGCCAUUGCUGGAAGCGCCUCCCGGAGAGCGCAGCACCACCCAGCAGCCAGAGCAGGACAGCAGCGCGCGCGGCGCCGCUGGUUUGUUGUCUGGGUCAUGGGGAGCGCAGCCCACCCACAGACGUGGCAAGAGGAAGCGGCGAAUUCUGGCGCCCCUCCAUUCUUAUGUCCACGCGCACAGCGUCCCACCAAUGCCCGGAAUUUGCUACCCCAAACAAUCUGAAAAAAUCAAAAAAACGAUAAUGAUAACGCUUUUUCCUGCGAUAUUUCGCUAGGGGAUGAACUGCGAGAAGGAGGCAGAAGGAGUCUUAGGUGAUGAAGUAACUACCACUCGCCCUCGUUUGUGUAGGUGUGUUAUGUUAAAUAAGCGAGGCGAUGGCAAUCGCCGAAGUGCGUUAUAAGCAAGAGCCUCAGUUGGGGGCCAUUUUAUUCGCUACAACAGGACAGCAGCAGCGUCGUCGCAUGAUGAGCAAGGCCACGACAGAGCGACCACCGUCUUCGUCUUCGUCUUCAUCUGGUAGCUUUGGUUCUAGUGCUGCCGCUGCCUUAAUUGGAAACGGGUCGUCGUCGUGGUUAUCUGCUUACCCAGCCGGGCUAUCGCAAGGUGAUUCGUGUGGGAGCACUGGAUGAAGCUACGCCGAUGCGCUUGCAAGUGAUGACAUGAGGGCGAAGGUGACGAAGGUGAAGAUGUAGACGGAGGCGAUGGAAAUGAAGUAGGACCAAACGACGAAGGUGAAUGCUCCGCGUUCGAAUCCGACAACAAGAUCGAGGAGGCUGGUUCUCAUAGUCUUGCGAAGGCAACCAUGGAGAUCGAUCACGACGAAGAGGGGCAAGCGUCUGGUAUGGGAACGCUGGCUGGUGGCUUCUUUCCAGAAGGGGGCGGGCUUUCUUCUGUAUCAUGAUUAUAGUUGAUGCUUCUAUUCUUGACGAUGUUGGUGCUUGGUUGGUCACGGGCAGAAGUGGCACGCUAUACAAGUGGAGCCACUCACUACAGCUACAGCCCCUCUUCUAUGGAUGCCGAUGCGCAGUCGGGGUCUGUAGUUGUAAGUCCAGCCUGUCACCCUUUAGCUGAAGCCUUAGCGACUUUCUUGCAAGACGAGGAGAUCAUGGCAAUUCUUUGCACUGUCGAAAGCAAGUCCGGCACGCGCUACGACGCACGAAGCAAGGGCGUCAGCGUGUACAUGGAUGAAGACAAAGGGAGCAAGGCAACCACCCAAACGCGCUAGCAAUGUGCUCUGGGUCAUGGCGCUGCGGAUUUACGCAGGUCGUGCAGAGUUUUCGGCGUAUGCUUAUGACCAGGCGAAAGAUGGGGCCACCUUUGCUGCAGCUUGGAAGGCGGCUCGCCGUGACAUCCUCGCCAUUGCUGAGGGGGUGUGCGUGACAAACCCACAAAAGGCGGACUUGAAGAAAGUGACACCACUCACCUACAAGGAGUAGCAAAUGGUGGAGAGCUACUGGAGAAGAUUCGGCAUGACUUGGGCUCAUUUGCGGCGGUACUAAACGGCGACAGCUCUGCGUCUUUCUAUUCGUGUCUGUGCUUGGAUAGAUUCGGCGUCUUGCUUCUGGUUUUGCCUAAGAUGUGCGCUAGGGUACUUCCCAGGAAAUUUCUCCUUUUCGGCUCUCGGAUUUCUCUCAGAUUUCUCUUUGAUUUCUCAGGCUUUUCGUUUCUCCUUUACUUAGAGUUCAUAAAAGUGAAAAAAAAGAGAAAUUUUAGAGAAAUUUUAGAGAAAUUCUAGAGAAAUUUUAGGGAAAUUUUAGGGAAGAUCUCGAGAAAUUUUAGGGAAGGCUUAGAGAAAUUUUAGAGAAGUUAGCUCCAGAGCUGUGGGAGAAGUCAGAGCGCCUAUCCGUCCUCGUGGUGAGUCUUGGCCGUCAGAUAUUACGGCACCGCUUGCAAGGGUUUAGGUCGGCACGCGUCUACUAAUUUAUUUUUGCUACAGCGUGCUCGCUUUUGCGGACUCUCAUAAACAUCGAACGCACAUGCUCAGGCUUUCGCCUUAUUUGCUAUCGUUCUCCAUAAGUGUCCGCAUUGCUUCGCUACUUGUUCAGGGCGUUUAGUUCUCGUGGCUAUUAUAGAAGUGCUUCAACGGCGUUCGAAGACAGGCGGGCCGUCGUGGUCGCUAAUGCUGGCCGUACAGAGGGGAGCUGCUUGCGAAGUUCAUCGAGAAGGCGUGACCCAUGUCAUUGAGUGCGGUCGCCGUCUUACGAUAUAACGAAGACCGAAGAAUGUGCGAAGCAGAUGGCUCCAGCAAAUGACCACGGGAAGCAGGUCGCGGAGUGAUGUGCCCCCGCCGAAACUGGAGUGGCGCCUCUCUAAUUAUCACGCUAAGCCCUUGGCGCCGUGUCUGAUGUAGUGAGGAUCUUCAGGUCUAGAACUAGGCGCGGCGCGGAUGGUCCUUCAGGAAGGAGCGCAAGCACAGAAACAAACAAAAACCAAGUAGGCUGCGCUAUCGACUGCGCUUUCGGUCGUGUGGCGUGGCGACAGCCUACCGGCAACUUCUUGCGUUGGGCUUCAGUUUUUUUUCGCUGGGCAAUAUCAAAGAAGAUACGGGCGAGGGCGAGCACGGAGCGCACCGCGCUAAGACGAGAAAGGCCGUCGCGCUUCCAGUCGGCUCGAGGAUGUGGAUGGUCGAGCCAGAAGAACAGCCAACGAGUGAAAAGCGACAAGACACACGCCACGGCCUUGGCCCGUCAUUUUCUUGCUGUCAGUCUGUGCAGCUCGCUCCGGGUCUGUCUUGGAGCGUGUUCGCGUUUUUUUAUGUGGAGAGCAAACCCCGGAGAGAGACACGGCAAAGAACUGCCUCCACCCUCGAGAGAAGCAGCGCUGCAAAGUGCUCGAGAGAGACAGGAAGGACCACGGCGGUCGCCUAUUUCUGUGCGAGUGUAUUUCUGUACUCAGCGAGAGAGACGCCGCUUCGGCUGGUAAGUUUCUGGCGCCUGCAUUGAUUUGCUCUCGAGGUGCCCACUCGUCUCGCUUCAUGUGGUUGAGCAGCUGACAAAUGGAAUGACUGGAGGGGCGCGGCUCCAGUAACGCGCUGAGGCGGUCGGCCGCUGUGUUCUUGACUACUGCAAGAGAGCCCAGCCGGCGAGGCCUCAAGGAGUGGCUUGGUGAUCGGAUGGGCAAAAAGUGUGAAAAGCCAAAACGAGAGCGGCGGAGCGUUGUCGAGUUGUGUGAGAUGAGUGUGUGCGCGUGCUACAGGGUAGGGGGGUGGCAACGAGUGGGCCUCGGUGGUUGUCGUUCUUGUGGCCUUUCAGUGUUUGCUUGGGGUGUUUCUGUCGGAUGUUGCCGCCCGUUUGAUGGUGUUGCCGGUCGCUGGUUUGCUGCUGCUGUUGGUGUUGGUGUGCGUGAUUGUGGACGCCUGUGACCGGUGUGCAGAAAACUGGCGAAAUCAGCUAGAAAGUGCGAAAAGCCAAAGAAAUCGGCCGAGUUUUGUCAGGUUGUUGCUGUUUGUGUGUGUGUGUGUCUACAUGGCAGGGCGCUCCUGGUGGUGUGUGGUCUUCGGUUGUCGUUCUUCUGGUCUUCGUUGUGUGUGGGGUCGUGUUCUUGUCGGGUGUGGCCGCUCGUUCGACGGCGCUGCCGCUGGUUUGUUGUUGUUCGUUGGUGUGUGUGGUUGCUGGGUUUUGUCUCUGAUCAGCCGGCAGAAGCAGCGGCAAAGGGUGCACAGAAUGCGCGUGAAAUCGGCCAAGAAGCGCGAAAGGCCAAAAACGCCGGCAGAGUUUCGUCGAGUUGUGUGGAUGUGUGCGCGUACAGGGGGGGGGCGCUGGUGGUGUGUGGCCUUUCUUGUUCGUCGUUCUUGUGCUCUUCCAGUGUUGUGGGGUGUCUGUCGGGUGUGGCCGCUCGCUCGAUGGUGUUGCUGUUGGUUUGCUGUUGUUGGGGUGUGUGGUUGUGGAUGUUGUUCAUGAUCGGCGCCCAGGGAACCGGCGAAAUCGGCGAAGAAAUGCAAGCCAGUCGAGUAAGUUGCGUGGGCGUAUAUGCGUGCAGGGCAAGGCGUUGGUGGUGUGUAGUCUUUGGCUGUCGUUCUUGUGGUCUUCUAGUGUGUGCGGGGUGCUUCUGUCGGUUGUGGCCGCUCGUUCGAUGGUGUUGCUGAUGGCUUGCGGCUGUGUGUGUGUGUGUGUUUGUGAGUGUGUGUGAUCUGUGUCGAGAGGACCGGCGAAACCCGCCAAAAAGUGGGAAAAGUCGACAGAAUCAGCUGAGUUUGGUCGACUUGUGUGAACGUGCGCGCGCGCAGGGUAGGGCAAUGGCGACGCGUGGCCUGCCUUUGGUUGUCGUUCUUGUGGUCUUCCAGUGUGUGUGCGUGGGGUGUUUCUAUCGGAUGCUGCCGCCUGUUCGAUGGUGUUGCUGCUUGUUUGUUGUUGCUUGGUGUUGGUGCGUGUGUUUUUGGAUCUUUCUGGUGUGUUUGUAGAAAACUGGCGAAAUCAGCCAAAAAGCGGAAAAAGCCAAAGGAAUCGGCUGAGUUUGGUCAGGUAGUUGCUGCUGUUCGUACAUGGCAGGGCGCUCGUGGUGCUGUGUGGCCUUUGGUUGUCGUCUUUGUGGCCUUCGUUGUGCGUGGGGCUGUUUCUGUCGGGUGUGGCCGCUCGUUCGAUGCUGUUGCUGCUGGUUUGUGGUUGAUGUUGGUGCGUGUGGUUGUGGGUGUUUGUGAUCUGUGUCCAGAAAGGGGACGGAAUCGGCUGAAAAGUGCGAAAAGCCAAAGGAAUCCGCUGAGUUUUGUCAAAUUGUGUGGAUUUGUGUGCGUGCAGGGUAUGUCGAUAGCGACGCGUGGCCUGUGGUUGUCGUUCUUGUGGUCUUCUGGUGUGUGUGGGGUGUUUCGGUCGGGUGUGGCCGCUCAGUCGAUGGCGUUGCCGCUGGUUUGUUGUUGUCUGUUGGUGUGUGGUUGCUUGUGGGUGUUUGUGGUCUGUGCUCAAAAAACUGGCAGAAUCGGCUAAAAAGUGCGAAAAGUCCAAAGAAUUGGUGAGGUUUUGCCAAGUUGUUCGGGUGUGUGUGUAAGUUGUUCGGGUGUGUGUGUAAGUUGGUCAGUUGUGUGUGUAAGUUGGUCGGGUGUGUGUGUAAGUUGUUCGGGUGUGUGUGUAAGUUGGUCGGUUGUGUGUGUAAGUUGGUCGGGUGUGUGUGUAAGUUGUUCGGGUGUGUGUGCAGGGCAGGGCAGGGCGCUUGUCAUGUGUGGCUUUUGGCUGGCGUUCUUGUGGUCUUCGUUGUGUGUGGGGUGUCUCUGCAGGGCGUGGCCGCUCGUUCGAUGGUGUUGCCGCUGGUUUGUUGUUGGUGUGUGUGGUUGAGAAUGUUCGCGACCUGCUUCCAGAGAACCGACCAAAUCGGCCAAAAAGGGCGAAAAGUGAAAGAAAUCGGCCGGAUUUCCUUGGGCUGUGUGAAUGUGUGCGCGUACAGAGUUGGCGCGGUGGUCACGUGUGGCUUUUGUUUGUCGUUUGUGUGGUCUUCCAGUGUGUGCGUGGGGUGUUUCUGUCGGGUGGGGCGGCCCGCUCGGUGGUGUUGCUGGGCAGCGGUUGGCUUGCAGUUGUUGGCGUUUGCAGUUGUGGACGUUUGUGACUUGCAUCCAGAAAACUGGCCAAAUGAGCCAAAAAGUGCGAAAAGUCAAAGAAAUCGGCUGAGUUUUGUUGAGUAGUUGUGGCGCGGGUGUGUAUGCGUACAGGGUAGGGCGGUGGCGGCGCGUGGCGUUGGUUGUCGUUCUUGUGGUCUUUCAGUGUGUGCGGGGUCGUGUCUCUGUCGGGUGUGGCCGCUCGGUCGAUGGUGUUGCUGCUGGUUUGUUGUAGUUGUGGGCGUUUGUGAUCUGUGUCCAGAAAGCGGGCGAAAUCGGCUGAAAAGUGUGAAAAGUCAACGAAAUCAGCUGAGUUCUGUCAAAUUGUGCGGACCUGUGAGCGUGUGCGUGUGCAGGGUAUGGCGAUAGCGGCGCGUGGCUUGUGGUUGUCGUUCUUGUGGUCUUCUGGUGUGUGUGGGGUGUUUCGGUCGGGUGUGGCCGCUCGGUCGAUGGUGUUGCUGCUGGUUUGCUGUUGUUCGUUGGUGUGUGGUUGUGGGUGUUUGUGGUCUGUGUUUAAAAAACUGGCGAAAUCGGCUAAAAAGCGCGAAAAGCUCAAAGAAUUGGCGGGGUUUUGUCAAGUUGUUCGGGUGUGUGUGUAAGUUGUUCGGGUGUGUGUGUGUGUAGGUUGUUCGGGGGUUUGUCUAAGUUCGUUGUUCGGGUGUGUGUGUGCGUGCAUGGCAGGGCAGGGCGCUUGCCGUGUGUGGCUUUUGGCUGUCGUUCUUGUGGUCUUCGUUGUGUGUGGGGUGUCUCUAUCGGGCGUGGCCGCUCGUUCGAUGGUGUUGCUGCUGGUUUGCUGUUCGUGUGAGUGGUUGAGAAUGUUCGUGAUCUGCUUCCAGAGAACUGACGAAAUCGGCCAAAAAGUGCAGGAAGUGAAAGAAGUCCGCUGAGCUUCCUUGAAUUGGGUGAAUUUGUGCGCGUACAGGGUCGGCGUGGUAGUCGCGCGCGGUUUUUGUUUGUUGUUCUUGUGGUCUUCCAGUGUGUGCGUGGGGUGGCUCUGUCGGGUGGGGCGGCCCGUUUGGUGGUGUUGCUGUGCAGGGGUUGGCUUGCAGUUGUUGGCGUGUGUGGUUGUGGAUGUUUGUGACUUGCGUCCAGAGAACUGGCCAAAUCAGCCAAAAAGUGCGAAAAGUCAAAGAAAUCGGCCGAGUUUUGUCGAGUUGUGGCGUGGGUGUGUAUGUGUAAAGGGUAGGGCGGUGGCGACGCGUGGCGUUGGUUGUCGUUCUUGUGGUCUUCCGGUGUGUUUGGGGUCGUGUCUCUGUUGGGUGUGGCCGCUCGCUCGAUGGUGUUGCCGCUGGUUUGUUGUUGUUGGUGUGUGGUUGUGGGUGUUUGUGUUUGUGACCAGUACCCAGAAAACUGGCCAAAUCGGCCGAAAAGUGUGAAAAGUUUAGGGAAUUGGCUGAGGCUUGUCAAGUUGGUCGGGUGUGUGUUUACAUGGCACGGCGUUGGUGAUGUCCAAGCGCUGACAGACAGGGGUGGCGUUGCUUCGCUGGCUGCGUUUAUUGCCUGUGGUUGGUGUGUCUGGCAGGUUGUGUGUCUGGCGUUGUUUUUCGUUUUGUCGUCUUUCAGCUUGAUUUGGUGGCGGUUUGUGUUUUGGGCGGGUGUGCGGUGGGUGGCUUCUUUGCCCAUGCGCCAGCGUGGGCGGCCAGGCGCAUCUGCUGUUGUUGUGCGGGUGACACGGUGGGCGCGCCUUCGUGGUUCAGGUGGGCCGAUUUCUUUUGUGAAGGCUGUUUUCAGGAUUGUCUGGCUUAUUUCUCCAAGCUUUGCGAGCGCUCUCUGCGCUGUUGGAGCCUUUCAAAAAUGUCAGGAAUGCGAAAUCACUUAUCGACUUUUUUUGGUGGUAUUUGUCACCUUGCUGAAGUUCAGCUUGGGCGUGGGCUUUUUGGCAGACUAUUUCUCUCAAGCAAUUCCUUGGCAGACUACUUACGCACUUUUUUACUCUCACUAUACAUAGAGGUGACGUGGCGCAUUGAGUCCACUCUCACGCUGACGAAGGAAAUCGUGAGAGAUUUUUCACGGGCUUGCUUGUGAAAAUUCACGCGCAAAAACUGGGACGCAAUCCUUUCGCAGUUCUUGGCUGCAAGGUGGUGCCACUCUGCGCGGGUUUUGGCGGUUCUGCCCCUGCCUCUUGUUUUCUGCGCCUGUUCGUUUCAGCCGCGGCUGUUUCUCCCAUGUGAGGGCGCGCGCGGUUUCCUUAUCUAUGACCCCCACGCACCCACGCCACAAGAGGGAGGCGCCUCCGCGUGUGAUGCUGUCGCGGGGCCGAGCAGUGCAGGCGCGGCCCGCUCAGCUUCCUUCUCGCGGGCGUGUCUCGGCUGCAACUGCAGCGGGCUGCCCCGCUCAUUUGUGCCAGGCCUUGCCCGGUCCAAGUUCACCUUCACCCCCACGGCCGUGGGCCUCUUGCCUGGGCUGCCGGGCCUGGCAUCCGGGGCGGGCCUCUUCUCCGAUGCUUUUCUGGUCUGGUUCCCUCUGCGUGGCGUCUUUGGCUUGGUUUCUUCCGCUGGGACGGCCCAAGGGCUCUGGGCCCGUUGGAACUUGGCCCGGCGGUCUCUUCGUCUUUGAUCGAAAUGCUUAGCGCACUAAGAUUUGGCUUCUGUUGCUUGUUCGUCGCUCGGUCUCUUUUUGGCUUUCUGUCUCCUCUUCGCUCGAUGCUGCUUCCAAGGAUUUCCCCGAUUUCUCAAGCGUGAAUGAAACUGCAGCCGCUCCUCUUUCUCUUCUGCUGUUUUUAUUCUGGUAGGAAAGCCAAAGGUCGCUCGCUCCCUUUUCAUUUUCUUCAUGUGCCAAGGCGCCACCAUUUUCGUCGACCCUUCGUAGAGGUUACUUGCACGAAAUCACAAGGAAGAAACACGAUACCCGAAGGCCUCCGCGGUGCCCUCGUGUCUUUGGCAGUUUCGUGGAGUCUCUUGACGUUGGUGCCACUAAAUUGCAAAACCCGAGCACCAGUCUUAAUAGUGGCCCAGGCUUUGGGCUUCGGUCUCCUGCGUUUGGAACUUUAGUCGAGGCGGACACCGCGACCAAAUCGCCAGGCUCAGUCCAUUUAGCAAUCGCCACUAUCCGCCACUAAUUGUAAUUGCCCGCCAGACGCCACCAAACUACAAAACCCAGAAACCGGAGCGCAGUCUUCAUUCUGCUUAGUUUGCGGGCCUUUGCAGUUUCUUGGUGAUUAGUGGCGAAUGGUCUACCGCGUUUCGCCGUUUAAUCGCUUGACUAGGCGCGAAGCUCAGUCAAAUGAAGUAGCGCAAUGCGCUUGGCCAUUUAGUCGGGGAAAUAAAUUGCCAAACACAGAAAACGACGCAACAAGACCCGCAGCGCGCCAGGCCCCCGAAGCCAAGGGACCAAGCGAAGAACGGAACCAAGAGGGCCACGGGGAUGAAGCUGCCAGCCUUGGCCUGCUAAAUGAUGAAACAGGUGCCGGCUGGUCUUAGGUUUUCGGGAUUUUUUUCUUAGUGGUUUGGUGUGUGUAAUCGAAGGCCCUUGCCCCCUUUCUCCCCGCGGCCUUUCUCCUGCUGUUGUCGCGGUGCCUUGCCGCCCCCUGUUCUCCCUCGCUCCAGCGGUCUCGCGUGGCGCAGCCGCUGCUGCUUUCAUUCUGGGCCACCUUUCCUAGUGCCGCGAAGUGUUGGCUGCUGGCAGAGCAGGCCAGAGGUGGCGGCGCAUCCUCUGCGAGGGGUGUCCUUACUCUCCCUUUUUGUAGUAGAAGGACGAAGCCCAGAGCUAGGCCGCUUCGGUGCGGACAAGUGUCCGCCUUUGUUUUGGUAGCCACAGCCCCGCUUGCCUCUUUUUCGACUGUCAUGGCUGUAGCUUUGUCGUCUGCCUUUUCCGCUGUAGCCAUAGCUAUUCUUACCACUGAAGCCCUUUGCCUUUAUAGUAUAGCCCUCGUAGCAGUAGCUGAUGGGGCUGAUUGCUGCAGCCGUUGAAGCUGCCGGGUGUGCCCUUGGUGUAGCGAAGGCACUCGCCUCGCGCUCGCGUUUGUCUCUGAGCUCCUUAGGUGACUCUUUGCGCUUAGUUUCUGCAGCAGCAAACGCUCGGGCUCAUUCCUCGGCUGUUUUAUUAUCCACAGUCAGCGGAGGGUUGUGCUUGCGCUUCAGCGUCGCCUCUGGCAUUAGCAAAAAGCUUUGCAAGCUCGGCCAGCAGGUAUGCCGCUGCGCUUGGCCUCGCCGCCUCUGGGUUAGCUUCACCUGGUGGAGGGCUGCCGGACUUCUCUGGGAGGUCUGUGAAGUGUGAGGCCAUCAGUGUGACACAAAGCGAAGACAACGCCGCAGAGCUGCGCCAGAGUCGGCGGCGUCUCAUCUCACCCCAACACAGUAAAGAGCUAGAAAAAAGGCACAAGGGGACACGCGGCCACAGCUACAAAAAUUGACGCAAGGCGGGGCCGCCUUUCGCUUGGUGUUGAAGUCUCCCCACCUGGGGCGGGCGGGUGCUGAGGUAACUCAGGCAUGCCCUUCGCUGGUUUGCUUGUCAACGAGCCCCACAGAAAGAGCCCCCGCACGAUCAAGCCACGGCCAGGGCCACGGCAGAACGACGGCCACGAGCACGAGCAAGCUUGGCGUGGCUGAGCGUGUCGGAGAUGGCUGCGGGCUUGUCAGUUUUUCCGCCGCCACACAGGCGCGAGGCUUCUGGGCCGCGGGUCGGGCGGGGGCAGAUCGGCUCGCGGGGUCGGAUAUUGCCGCACAAAUGUAGACACGCACGGCACAAGUCGGUCGGCGUUCGGUGUGUCUUCCUUCAGCCAGAACGCGCCGGCAGAUCAGCACGACUGCCCUGGCCUCCAGAGGGUGGCUCCUGGAAGUCUUCUGGGUUGGCCGUUGGGAGCCUGCUGGAAGUCUAGCCGAGAGGCCUCUUGGAAGUCUGCUGGAAGUCGCGCUGGGGUUCCAGGUUGCCAACCCCUUGGCGCCAUAGGUUCUGCGAUUUUGUGAGACUUCCAGGAGACUUCCAGCGACCCGCCGGACAGACUCCCAGGAGACUUCUUGGGGACUUGCUGGAGAGGUCGACCAUGGAAGACUCCUGAAGGCCGCCAGACUUCCGCAGGACUUCCAGGAGACUUCCAGCGGCCGCCCAACGCGAACGGAGGCACCAUGAAGCCAACCCACCACCACCGCCCCAGGCUGAGGCCAGCAGCUGCCCUAUGGGAACGGCUAGGCGCGUGGGGCUUUCUGGUGCUCCAGUUAAGUGUCUUACCACUUCGCCACGCCGUCCGCUGACCAAUCCGGGCCGGCGCAUCACCCCAAUGCCGUACACAAUCCAGAAGCAGAAAGGGGGGCGCAAGUUGGGUUUCCAUCGUCAGCGGCUCACUGCGUACAUUGGUCAGAAUGUGGCGAGGGCGUGCAGCCGCCGCAUGAACACAAGACGACAACAGCCGACUCGAGUGAAGCCAGCCCUUGGCGGUGUCUUGAGACGAGCCACCUGGAAGGCCGCAUGACUCCCCUCAGAAACUACAGCGAAGACCGAACGCCCAGCGUGAAGCCUCACAGGAUCAGAAGACACACCAACACCACCGCCAAGCCCAGCCGCGAGGAGGGUGCUGCCGUGGUUGCGGAGACUUUCCGCGAAAGCCGCCCAGAUCUGGGGAGACGCGCACACCAGUGGGCACCGAAGUGGCCCGCAUCUCUUACAGAAGUCCCAAACUCUGUAAGACUUCACUUCUGCGAGACAGCUUCCAAGUGACUUCUCUCAUCCACCCCGGUGCCACGCGGGUCCACCGCGCUAAGAUUCUCAACGUGGUCGAUAAUCAUCCCAGUCGCGACUUGACUCUUGUCCGCUUGGCGCGUGACUUUCUUGCGCAGUACAGCCUCAGCACCCGCAUCGGGGGUCGGGAAUCUGUUCGGCAUUCUCUGGACCAUUCGGCGCAGCUUGUAGUUGAAGCCCCUCAGAGGAGUACCAAAACGCCCGCCGGCUUUUUUAUCGUGAUUUGAUGCGAAAUCUAUGAUACCACGCCGCCCGGCUCCGGCCUGCUUGAUUACAAAUUCUGCACGCAAAAGAGAGACAUCUGGUGACGUGUGAGCGCUAGCUUUUUGCCUUUGGGGUUCUAUGCUGUAUGUAAACGAGUGAAGGCAAGGCCCCGCAGGUUGCCUUUAGAAAUUCUUGGGUUCCAAGUUGGGAAUUCUUCAAGUCUAUCGGCUCUCUGUGGGAAUAGGGGUGGAGCGAAGUAGGCACUGUCAUCGCCAUGCGCAUCCCGUCGCCGUCCUCGCUUCCUCGUCGCUUCCCGUUUCGCAAGAAAUCGCUUCUGCUCUUCGCGUUCGAAUCGUGGAGCCCUCCAGAUUCUCGUAGAACAGAAAGCGCCUCGCGCUGCUCUUCCAGAGUCUUUUGGCAUGUGUUCGCCCGUCGUAUUUCGCUGCGGCCAGCUGGUGUCGGCCUUCUCUGCUUGGGUGUUCUUCUGAAAGGCGCCGGGGCCGGUUACAGGCCUACCCCAAACCGGUGGCAGCAGGCUUCGCCUGUCUGUUGCUCGCUGGCUUCACUUUUGCCGACGCCCCUGCCGCGGCUGUGCUGUCUUCACUGCUAGCAGUCUGCUUGUGACUACAUAUGGCCGAGCCCGUCAGACGUCGCCCGCACUCGUCUCCACUGGCUUUCACCUGGGCCUCUGGUCGAUGGCUUUAUCGAUCGCGUGCGUUUGUCCGCCGUUUUUUUCAUUUUCUGAGGGUCAUAGUGAUAAUAUCGAAACGAUCAUGAAACAAUGAACAUCAAAGAGAGCGCUAAGGCUUCUCUUUUAAGACAGGACGAACUGUCUUACCAAACUUAGAACUACCUUGCUGCCAUCCACUUAUGACGAAAAACAAGCUCCGCCAGGUACUGAAGAUACUCGUAUGGGCGCUUUUGUAAUGCCAGCGCACGCGCUUGCCUCCCAUGCUUAUGUCGCCAGCGACCCCACUGGUUUUGUGGCAACGACUUGCCCACCGGAAUCCGGCACGGCGUGCCGUGACUCUUUCGCCUUCUCUAUCGAAAAGGGCUUCGGCUCGUUGUGGAAUAUCUUCGAAGCCGACGCACGUGAGCGCAAGCUCGUCGACAAAUGGGUAGGCGUCACACCGAUGAGUCUCGGGUUCAUGAUUGAAAAACUAGAGACGGAAGCAAAUGGACCAUCAUUAGAUGGGCUAGUACAAGUGCAAGGCGCAACAGUGGCCAGGCCUAGGCAAGAGCACAAACUCAUGGAUUCGUUUGGUCUGAUUUUUCCUAUUGACUUUGACCAUCUACCAAAAAGAUCACCUCCCCAGUCACCUAAGCCCAAUUUCUGGGGAAAAUGGUCGAUAAGUGUUACAGGGUUCGAGGACAGUGAGUGCUAUAGUACCUAUUGCGUUAAUACUAGACAACAUCUAGAACGCAUCCCUUUUUACGCCUCGCCUAAUUUGAGUCCUGCUUCUGAGGGUGAUAGGGUCUUGGCAAGAAGAUGCGUCCGCUUUGUAGAACACGCGCACCCUCACUGGACGCAUCCGUGUGGCAUUCGAAUGAUAGUCAAGGGAGAUGUGAUUCUCAAGGGGGGUGACAAUAAAGCCGCGCGCGUCGUCUUCAAGCCCACCCAGUGGGGGAUGGACAUGGCGCCGUACAAGAAACUUGUUGAAGUAGCUAGAUCUACAGGAGCAGCGGUUCCCGCUCCGGCUCCCGAUCUCGAAAGCUAAAAGUUUGUCACCUGGUUACGUAGGUGGCGGGUCGUGGCGGUUUUCCACUGUUGCGUCCUGGGUCUGUGUAAUAAAGGCAAGCACUCAGAGGCUGCAUGUAGUAGAGGGGGAAUUCUUUAACCCUUGGUGAAGGGGUGUAAGUAGAUGCUGUCGCUGUGAUAUCGAUAGGCUGGCUUCUUGAUAGGUCGAGAGACGCAGGGCGUGCCUUCUGUGACUCGAGGACGCCUUGCCAAGAAGAAGCGCCUAGGUGUAGAAUGGGUUGGCUUUGUUACUUUGCAGACUAGCCGCACACUUUUGGAACAGCUUAGAAAUUCUGAGCGUGCCUGGGAAUACUCAAGAGUGCGCCGUAGUGUAUUUUGGGGAGGGGGUGCGCGUAGAUAUUGUCUCUGCUAUUUCUCUUGCUGGGGUUUUCAGGUACUGCGUCGCGGAGUAUCUUAGGACUUGCCCGGCGGCAUGUCUUUCGAUCGGAGUGCUUGCGGGGUGUGUGGUGUUUGAUCCCUCACACCUGGGCCCGCCCUAGUGCAUAAACUUGGGCCCGGCGCAUUCUCCUCGCCCGCAGUCUUGUUCCCCGGUCUAUCUAAAAACCCAAACCAAGCAACGGCGUGGCGGCUCAACUGCUCGCGGGGGUUUUUAUAGUCCCACUAGAAAGAUGGGUGUGAUUAUGUGAAGGAAGAAUGGUAAUCGGAUUCGAGCCGCGCGUCUCUCGUGAGACGCUGUCGUGUCGCUGAUGUCCCUUGAGUCUUAUAGAACGGGAGACUGCGCUGCUCGCUAGUUUCUUGCUGUUGUCGUCUCUUUCUGCCUCGGUUGUUGUUGUUGUUGUUGUUGUUGUUGUCUUUCUGCCUCUGUUGUCGUGUCUUUCUGCUUUGGUUGUUGUUGUUGUGUCAUUCUGCGCCUGCUGUUGUUGUUGUUGUCGUUGUUGUGUGGUCUUUCUGCCUCUGUUGUUGUUGUUGUUGUUGUUGUUGUUGGCACCCACGAGAAUGAGGAAGCUUGGGUCGUUUUUAUGGCCAGCGUAAAGCGUGUUUUCACAAAAAGUUACAAAUUCAAUUUUUUAAAUUUCUAAUGGUGUAAAAGUAAAUAGGUAGUUCACUAGCUAGCUAAGGUUAAUAGGCUAGGAGAUUCCCCCUGCGUUGGCCGUCUGGAAUCCGGUGGCUGAGUAUCUGGGUACUUUGGAGGCUGAGGCGAUGGGCAUUUGGAGGCGGACGCCAGGCCAUCCUGGGCUUAUUUGGUCUGCGGAGUCGGGCGACUCCACGAAGCAAAUAAGCCCAUCAUCACCUGGCCGCCGCCUCAAAGUGCCCACUUCUUCAGCCUCUGAAGUGAUCGGAUUGCCAGCCACAGGAGUCCUCGCGGCCAGUCCAGGGAAUAUCUCCUAACCUAGUUACUUAACUAGCUAGUUAAGUCUCUCGCUAGUGCCCCUAUAUUUUCAAAAAAGUAAAUUUGUAACUUUUUAGAAAAACACACUUUACGCUGGGCAUGGUUUUCUAGUAGUAAAAAAAUGCACCAUGAUAAUCCACUACAACAAUCCGGAGACAGGAGCAGAAAUAAUUGAGAAAAAGGGAGGGCAAAAGGGGCACAAAACCAAGGGAACACCAUGCAGAUGAAUCGAGAACCAAACCCACCGAAUCGCGAACCGAGUCCAGCCAUGGAGGUGCAUAAUAGAGGGCAGCCCUAUGGCUGUGCGCUCUGAAUCGAGAACCGCGCCCAGCCAUGCCAUGGAGAUGCGUGAACAAUAGAGGGCGCGGCCCUAUAUCUGUGCGCUCGGAAUCGGGAACCGAGUCCAGCCAUGGAGGUGCAUAGUAGAGGGCGGCCCUUUAUCUGUGCGCUCUGAAUCGCGAACCGAGUCGGGCCAUGCAUGGAGACACGCCAGAGCUGUCCCCCCUGAAUCGAGAACGGGGGACGCCGUCCAUUGCGUGCGCGCAUUUAUUGACGGCUAUCCUGUAGCCUUGUCGCAUGUAUUGCGGAGGAGGUCGCCACGCCUGUACAUCUCCGGCAGCACCUAUCGAAGCUGUUGCAGAAUUUUCGGAGUAGGGCAGCGAAUUCGCGAGGGAGACACCUGAACCAAAUAGACUCAGGCGGACUCUACUGCGAUGCUGAGCACAGAGGCAGUAGCACCGCUGGCGCAAAAGUAAGAACUAAACGACGCGCCUGAUCUAGCGCCCCGCGACUAUGGUAAUGCUCUUCGUUGAUUGCUAGAAGAUUUGCCGGCAUGUGUCGCCAUGCUUAUGCAUGAGCGAAACAAGUGGAGUUCUAAGGUGUUCGCCGUUUGUCUGUUCUAUAUAGAUCGGCGGGACUCUGCGAAAGCGCCAGCACCUCACUGCCCCCGCGCAGCCUUGGAGCUGGAUGCCUUCGCGCUCGUCGUGGUUUUGCCCUUGGGGGGGCUGGAUGCCUUCACGCUCGACGCCUUGGACUUGGAGGAACUGGACACCUUCACACCUGACGCCUUUGCCUUCGAGGAGCUGGACACCUUUACCGUGGGGGAGCGGCCUGGGGCCUCAGAGCAGGCGGCAGCCGUAGAAAUUCCGAGAGAGCGAAGCCGCGCGGCGUCCUUCUCCUGGUAAUGUUUCUGCAACAAUUAGAGCACAAACAAAAGACAAGACACAGCUGGCGCCCGAGUUUGCGAGGAUUUAGCUAAAGGACGACGGUCAUGGGUAUCAUUCAUACUAGACGAACGAGAAGAGCACAGGCGAAGAACAUAGAAGAACGCCACCACCCACGCGCAGGCCCCUACUCUUGCCGGGCGAGACAGGUGGCAGCUCUCCCUUCGCCAGAUCAUAAAAUAAAGCGAGUAGCACCGCCUUCGUGGCCAAUGAUUAGAAGAAAACACAAGGAGAACACAGGCGCCCCACUCAUGGCGCUGCUUUGCUAGUCACUUACCUCACGAGGCCCGCGCGCUCCUUGGACAAAGCAAAACAGAAGACAGAGUCAGAGGCGGCGCCAGUUUCUUCCCUUCCCAUACUGUGCUGCCCGAGUCUCGACGAGACGCCACGACCCCGGCAGCCGACGCAACCGCCUCCAACUGCAACCGCGUCAAGCUGGUGAAAUCUCCGUGCCCCACCGCGGCGGGCGCCUCCUGAUUUAGUUAGAGGAAUCCACCGCAGCGCAUAGCCAACCUCCUCAGGAAUAUCCCCGGCGCCCCAGCUGAGCAGGGUGCUACACUCCUUGGAACAUCUUGCCAACUAUUUCAAAGACCACAACCACAGACACGCUAGCCACAGCCUUAAUUUAGCGGCUGCGGCGCCUCCCCUGAGCUGAGGGAGGUGAUGAGUUCGGCGCGGCUACCGACCGCCCUGGGACAGCGCAGGUUCUAGAGGCAGGCGCCUGGUGCUUGGUUGCCCUUGCCUCGCUUUUUAUGCCUUGCGCCCCCCUCUUAAGAAAGGCAAAAGAAGACGCACGAGAAGCACCACAAGCCUGCCGCCCAUGAGAUUGAUGGCCAUGCCCUUCACCAGCGCACGAAGCUCGGCCGUAGACAUCUCCCGCAGCCGGUCGAGUUGUGGCAUUUUCGCAGCCAAAUCCAUCGAGCCCAAGCCCAUGCCAAGCCCAUCUGCCACAACCUCCGCCGCCCGCUGGGCCUCUUCAUCCGCAUGCGCGGCAAGCUGUCCGCUCCACUUGCUUCAGAAGGGGCAAGACAUUCCCAAGCGCCUCCGUGUCAGUGUCGUGAAAAAUUAGAAACGAAAAUCUGCGAGGAAACAAGAGGGGGAAGAAGGUGACAACACUCAAACCCAUAAGAACACGCCAUGCCAUAACAUGAGCCCAAGCAUCGCCUUCGCCUCUGUCUCGAUGUUGUCCUGGUUGCGCCACGGGCAGAAAUGGGAAAAGACUGCAACGAAAAGCCACCGCUUGCGCCUUUGCUUUGUUUUGACAAGCGUCAAAGAGUGAGACAAGCGAGGCAGGCCAGCUGACUAAGCAACAAACAAAGAGAAAAGACUAAGACAGCCGCACCCCUUGCGUAAGUUACCAACAUAGUACAAGCACAGCGAUGACCCUGAGGGACUUCCUCGCCCACUUGAGAAGGGUCACCGCUUGCGCUUGCCGCUAGCUUGCUAGGUGGCCCCAUAAAAGAGAGCGGCGCAGAAGUCGUCGCGCCUCGCUCGCAACGCCUCUGCGCUCUGCACCUUGGAGAUUUGGGGGGAGACGCUUCACCAGAUCAAGCUGCCGCCCCUCCACAUGUUUCCACAUAUUCGCGACGCACUGGCCCCCGACUUAUCGUGAGAAAUAUACGAGGCCGCUCUUAGGUGGUUCAGGGGGCUAGUGUGGACCUGAGCUGACGAGACGCGUGGCCACGAUCUAAAUAAAGAGACACGAAACACCACGCCCACCCACCCCAGACGAAUGAAGAGCAAACACACGACGACGGGCCAUAUCCUUUCAUCGAUGCCAGAUCGCAUCGAGGAACCAAUGCGCGGCAUCUUGGUGGUAGGUUGCAGAAAAAGCGCAGAUACGGCGGACGUUGCCUCCCAUUGGCGAGCAAGCAGGCAGCCGCAUUGUUUACGCGGUGCACCGGAUGGCCAUCGGUGUGGAGGUCGACGCGGUGUGGUCGCCAUCCCUGGCAGGUGCAGACGUACCCAUAGAAGCCAUCCGAAGGGUGUUGCCACAGAGCACGCUGCCCGGCGGCGGUGGGUAUGUUCCCGCGCUGUCUGUUGCCGAUUAUCACCAACGAAGUUAGAAACAUGACGCAGCCACACGAGCCCCAGAACCAGGGGGGAGCUUGCUUCGCCACUUUUGUGGCUUUGGGGCGCUUCCCCCUUCUUCAGAUAGACACACACAAGCCCACACCCAUAGAUAACGACGGCGCGGCUAGGUACUCAUCUACCUCCACUCUAUAUGUGCUCGGGCUCUCCGAUUACACUGCCCGCGCGUUCUGCCGCAGAGUGAGCACCACCCUGGCAGCAAACAGCACAAGACGCAGGCGAGUGCCAGCUGGCUUAUGGUGUAAGUCUUGCCGUGUAGCGAUGUAAGUAGAAGGGGGGCGGGCUCUCGGUUCAGGGUUCAGGAUUCAGGUGGGGCAUCGCGUCGCCUGCCAUAUGAUAUAGAGGGAACAACAAGGGAGGCGGGCUCUCGAUUCAGGGCUCAGGAUUCAGCUGAGACAUCGCGCCGCCUGCCAUAUAGAGGGAACACCAGGGGAAGCGGGUUCUCGGUUCAGGGUUCAGGAUUCAGAUGCGGCAUCGGGCUCCCUAUCAUAUACAUAGAGGAACGAGGUGGAGCUUGCUGCAUUUUAAGCGCUAAACACCUCUAGCGCUUUCGUUCUUAUUCUCGUGGCUGCCUUGUUGUUGUGUUGUUGUUAUUGUUGCUGUGUCUUUCUGCCUCUGUUGCUGUCGUCUUCGUUGUUGUUCUUGUUGCUGUGCUUUGCUCUGUUCUCUUGGCGUGCUUUUUUGUUGGUGUGCUUUGUCUUCUUCGUGUGUUGUGCUUUGUUUUUUUCGUGUGCUGUGCUUCGUCUUUUUCGUGCGUUGUGCUUUGUUUUUUUCGCGGGUUGUGCUUUGCCCCCUUUUUUCGCGUGUUGUGCUUUGCUUUUUUUCGUGUGCUGCGCUUUCUGUUUUUGGCCCGAAGAGUUCAGUUACAGUUUAUUUAUAUGUAUACAUAAUAAUAUAUCUAUAUAAAUAUUUAUGUGCAACCUGACUAAAUUAAAACUGGUGGAAUUGCUGUGAUGGCCAUGAUAUGGGGACGGCUGGAUGGUUGAGUGAUUAAAGGGUGGAGUAUUAGAGGGUAGGAGAGACAGAGUGGAGGUGGUUGUGGUCGGAUCUGGUCGCGAUCGUGCCUUCACGCCACACUUGUUCGUCCUUGUCACCUAUUACAAACCUUUGAGGCUGAACUUGAGGGACCUUCAUGACAGAGAGGCCAUUUGUGCUCUACGUUCAAUUGGUCACCAUUAUGAUUCUGUCGCAUGGAAAUGAGGUAGAAAGCGGUGCGAGAC